AUGCAGCUGGGAGAGAAGGAGGAGGGAGGAGAGAGAGCUCUGCAACUUCAGACUCCCAUCAGGAUCAGCCAGCCUCAGGAAGUCACCUCCCUGCAAAGAAAAAGGUAUUUAAGCAGAGAGGAGGGUGCUUAACAUUAUGGAAGCUGCAAUUUGUGUGUGUGUCAGUGUGUAUGUUUAGGUAUGGGGACAUCUGUGUGUGUCAGUGUGUAUCUGUGAGUGUCAGUGUGUAUCUGUGAGUGUCAGUGUGCAUCUGUGAGUGUCAGUGUGCAUCUGUGAGUGUCAGUGUGUAUCGGAGUGUCAGUGUGUGCAUCUGUGAGUGUUAAUGUGUAUCUGUGAGUAUAUAUGCGUGUGUAUCUGUGUGUACCACAGACAACGUAAUCCACUGCACUCAGGUUCCGCUUUUCACUCCGGCCCACAGCCUCAGAGGUGCUCUGCAUUACAUAGACACUGCUAAUCCGUCCAACAAUACAAGGUAAUAGAAUAUACAGGCAACACCCCAGGUACUAAAGGUGUAUUUAUUGGAAGGUAGAACACCACAUAAAAGUGCAACUUUUCAGCCCUAGAGGGACUUAAACAUGAUUAAGGCCCCCCAAGGGCCGAAACGUCGCACGUGCACUUUUAAGUUGUUCUACCCUCCAAUAAGUACACCUUCAGUACAUGGAGUUUUGCCUGUAUAUUCUAUUACCUUGUAUCUGUGUGUGUGUGAAGGUAUGUGUGUCAUUUUGUGUAUGUGUAGGGAUAUGUGUGUGUGUGUGUGUGUGUGGGUGCGCGUAUGCGCCAGUGUGCAUGUGUAGGUAUGUGUGUAUCUAUGUGCCAGUGUGUUUAUGUGCAGGUAUGUGUGUGUGUGUGUGUGAGUAUCUGUGUGUGUAGGUAUGUGUGUGUGUGUGCCUGUGUAGGUAUAGGUUUUUAUCUGUGGGUGUGCCAGUGUAUGUGUCUGAAGGUAUGUUUGUAUCUGUGUGUAUGUGUCAGUGUGUUAUUGUGUUUCCAUAUUACGGUGUGGCCGCAUAUGUGUACAGCCUCCUAUCCCCUAAACUUUUCACCCCGCUCUAGCCCACUUAAGUGCCCCUCCCGAGAUUUGGUUCUGGAUCCGCCCCUGACUGUCAGUGGCUGAGCUGUGAGCAUAUCUUUGAUGAGGAAGUAUUUUUCUGAAGUGAGUGGGUGUGGCUAAAGAGGCAGGCUUAUGAUGUGGCAUUCUGACAUUUUUUGUUUCUUAUACAAAAACUAUAAAGAUUUCAGCAUGCAAAAAAAAUACAGCGUACGAAUGAGGCCAAUAUCAAAUACAUUAAAGUUAUGCUGGUGCACAGACUGUCCCUUUAAGGUCAAAACAUUGCCAGGUCAGAGUCUACAAAAUCGUAAGAAUCAAUUGACAUUCUUAUAUCCAAAAUGUGCAACCAAUCAAUGUGUGCAGUGCCAAAUCUACAUAAAAGGACAAAUACUUCCUAUGGCUGGGAGAUGUUCCUGUAACUUUAAAACAAAUUACAAAUAAAUUACAAAAUAGGGGAUAAGACUAAAAAAAACCAAGAGAAAAAUACAUAGUGCCUAACUGUGUAACGCCAUAUAAUAUGGACUUCCAAAUGGUCACUCAAAUAUAGAGCUUUUCAGAAAUCCUCUGACAGAGAGAGAUGUUAUGUGGCAGGACAUUAGAUGUUCACUAUAUGUAGUAAAUAGCUAGUAGUUUCCAUUAUAGCUGAAGGCAAGAACGAAUGUGAAUAAAAUUAUAAAAAUACAAAAUAUUUAUUCACUUACAUUUCAGUAUAAAAGCAGCAUAUCUAGCGGUGUUCCUUAAAGGACCACUCUAGGCACCCAGACCACUUCAGCUUAAUUUAGUGGUCUGGGUGCCAGGUCCAGCUAGGGUUAACCCUUUUUUUAAUAAACAUAGCAGUUUCAGAGAAACUGCUAUGUUUAUAAAUGGGUUAAUCCAGCCCUCAAAUCCUCUAGUGGCUGUCUCAUUGACAGCCGCUAGAGGCGCUUGCGUGCUUCUCACUGUGAAAAUCAGUGAGAACACGCAAGCGUCCAUAGGAAAGCAUUAUGAAUGCUUUCCUAUGAGACCGGCUGGAUGCGCGCGCAGCUCUUGCCGCGCGUGCGCAUUCAGCCGAAAGGGAAGAUUGGAGGUGGAGAGGAGGAGGAGAGCUCCCCGCCCGACGCUGGAAAAAAAGGUAAGUUUUAACCCUUUCCUCUCCACAGAGCCGGGCGGGAGGGGGUACCCUCAGGGCACUAUAGUGCCAGGAAAACGAGUAUGUUUUCCUGGCACUAUAGUGGUCCUUUAAUCUGUAUUUUGUAUAAAUGUUGGUCUCUAUGGCAGCACCGCUACUGAGAAGUGAAUGUUCAUAGUGUUCCCCCUCCGAUUCCCUUUUUUCUGUGCAUGUUUAGAAUCCAGUCCAGAUUCUUUUCGGAUUUAGCCCCCACCCCUCCACUCACCAUUUUGGAGCUGACCAGAUGAAAGCAUACAUUUGAGGAGAGUCUCUGAAAGCAGUUAGUAUGUUAAUCUACCAUGUUAAAAUAAGUGUAGGACUCACCGAUAUUGGGGUACUCCGACACAGUGGUGGGUUUAACACGAUAUGUGCAUAUGGUGUAACUGAAUCCCAAUAUUUAUUUGCCAAGAUAGGUGAUUUUAAUUAGCCCUGUAAAAUGUAAGGCAUUUUAUGUGUAUCUACUGCAGUACCACUAAUGAGGAAUGCAUGUUCCUGCUGUGCCCCCCACCCCACCAUUCCAUUACAGAGGGUUAAGCACCAUGACUACUUAAUUGAUUUGAAGUGGUCAUGGUGCCUGGUGUCAGUAUGUUCAGAAUUAGAAUGGGUUUAUUAAUUAGUCAUUCUAUAAUUGAGGAGGUGUUCAGCUAAUUAAGCAAGCUAGCCCCUUAUUGCUGUGCUGCUGCAGAUUGACAGGGUGGGGCUGUCUUUUCAUAAUACAGAGUUUCCCUAACCAGUAUCUGACAUACUUGUUUUGGGGGAUUCCAACUCUCAUAACGCCUACACUGUCAGUGUAAAAGCCAAAACUUGACACUUCAGCCACUGUUUGCGGUCACCCACAGCCAAUACUGCUCUACCAAAAUGAGGAUAGACAAUACCUGGCAUGGCACAGACUGAUGACACUAACUCCUAUAACCAUGAGGCAUCCUGCCAUGUGCUUUUGGAUUGUUAUCCAAUAUAUAGUAUAAUAUAGAGACUCUGGCACGCCACCUGCUGGUGACCAACACAUAUUACCUUCAGCCAGCCUGCCAAUACAUUUAGGAUUACUGUUUACAUAAAUAGCUGCCUUAGACAAACACAUGUUACCACAAGCCAGCAGACAACUAAAUGCCAAUUACUAUCCUAUAUAAAUCAGGAUAUGCAAGCUCUGCCACUUCAGUUGCUCUUUAUAGCCUUAGGCAGUCCACCAGUUUAUUUUGGAUCACUGUCCUGUAUACAUCAUUAGACAAUCCCUGGCACUCCAUUUGUCCAGCCUGAAAAUGUUUUCUGGGAUUGCUACUUUAUAUCAAUACCAAUCCCUGGCGUCAUACAUACCGGGGACUAACUCCUAUUAUCCUCAGCAGACAGAUUCAUUUUAAUAACUGUCCAAUAUGUGGAUAGACAUAUCCAGCGACUCAAUCUAUGGUGCCUGACCAAUCGAUUAGUAUAACUGCCACGCAGACUCCAUCUGCUGGUCACUCCAAUUCCUAUUGAUCUCAGCCAGCCAGAUCCAGUCACCCUCAUCCUGGUUCUGGGAAUGCAACUGAAGAUGUGCUAGAUACAGAGAGCAGCGGAGUACAGAAAAAUAGAGCACACAUCAUAUAGAACCCCAAAUACAGCACCCCACAAGUACAGCAGAGCUCACUAGAAUACAGCAGAGCAGAGUACAGCAGAGCACACUACAGCAGAGCUCACUAGAAUACAGCAGAGCAGAGUACAGCAGAGCACACUAGAAUACAGCAGAGCAGAGUACAGCAGAGCACACUACAGCAGAGCUCACCAGAAUACAGCAGAGCAGAGUACAGCAGAGCACACUAGAAUACAGCAGAGCAGAGUACAGCAGAGCUCACUAGAAUACCGCAGAGCACACUAGAAUACAGCAGAGCAGAGUACAGCAGAGCUCACUACAGCAGAACAGUGUACAGCAGAGCACACUAAAACACAACAAAGCAGAGUACAGCAUCGCAGAGCAGGAACAGGACUGGCAGCAUCGCAGAACCAGGACUGUGAGCAGGACCAGGGCUGGCAGCAGAGCAGAGCAGGGCUGGCAGCAGAGCAGAGCAGGACCAGGGCUGGCAGCAGAGCAGAGCAGGACCAGGGCUGGCAGCAGAGCAGGACCAGGGCUGACAGCAGAGCAGAGCAGAGCAGGACCAGGGCUGGCAGCAGAGCAGGACCAGGGCUGGCAGCAGAGCAGAGCAGGACCAGGACUGGCAGCAGAGCAGAGCAGGACCAGGACUGGCAGCAGAGCAGAGCAGGACCAGGACUGGCAGCAGAGCAGAGCAGGACCAGGGCUGGCAGCAGAGCAGAGCAGGACCAGGGCUGGCAGCAGAGCAGAGCAGGACCAGGGCUGGCAGCAGAGCAGAGCAGGACCAGGACUGGCAGCAGAGCAGAGCAGGACCAGGACUGGCAGCAGAGCAGGACCAGGGCUGGCAGCAGAGCAGAGCAGGACCAGGGCUGGCAGCAGAGCAGGACCAGGACUGGCAGCAGAGCAGGGCUGGGAGCAGAGCUGGACCAGGGCUGGCAGCAGAGCAGAGCAGGACCAGGACUGGCAGCAGAGCAGGGCUGGCAGCAGAGCAGGACCAGGGCUGGCAGCAGAGCAGAGCAGGACCAGGGCUGGCAGCAGAGCAGGACCAGGACUGGCAGCAGAGCAGGGCUGGGAGCAGAGCAGGAGGACCAGGGCUGGAGCAGAGCAGGACCAGGACUGGCAGCAGAGCAGGGCUGGGAGCAGAGACCAGGGCUGGCAGCAGAGCAGAGCAGGACCAGGACUGGCAGCAGAGCAGGGCUGGGAGCAGAGCUGGACCAGGGCUGGCAGCAGAGCAGAGCAGGACCAGGACUGGCAGCAGAGCAGGGCUGGGAGCAGAGCAGGACCAGGGCUGGCAGCAGAGUGGGAGCAGAGCAGGACCAGGGCUGGCAGCAGAGCAGGCAGGAGCCCCAGCUGAGCUAUUGAUAAGCAGGAGCCUCCCAGUGUGAUGAUGACACAGCUGUCCACGGGGGCCACAGAGCCCCUGUGAGCAGCUAACAGGGCGGAGCGAAGCCCUCUGUGUUUAACUUGUCUCCUCCAAUCCACGUGGCUCUCUCAGUCCUAUAUCUCAGGCAGAGAGAGCAGCCAGGGAGGGCAGAGCAGUGGGUACAGUGUGGGCACAGGGAAGGCAGAGCAGCGGGCACAGUGUGGGUAUAGGGAGGGCAGAGCAGCGGGCACAGUGUGGGUAUAGGGAGGGCAGAGCAGCGGGCACAGUGUGGGUAUUGGGAGGGCAGAGCAGCGGGCACAGUGUGGGCAGAGCAGCGGGCACAGUGUGGGUAUAGGGAGGGCAGAGCAGCGGGCACAGUGUGGGCAGAGCAGCGGGCAGAGUGUGGUUAUAGGGAGGGCAGAGCAGCGGGCACAGUUUGAGUGGAUUCUCUCUGCGCUGGAUGCAGGAGGCGGUCUGCUUUGUACAUCCCGCUGGUAAGUUCUCUCUUUGCAGUUUACGGUGUUGUUGCUGUCUGUGAAGGGGAGGGGGCCAGCAAUGUGGGUGGGUGGCAGUCAGGGUACAGACUGGGUAUGGGAUAGAGCUGGAGGCAAUUCGUCUAUAGGCAUGAGGGCAUUCAUUGUGUGAUGGGGCAGAGAGGCUGGCAAGUAUAUAGAUGGCAGCACAGCUUGAGGAUUCAGCUGGGAAUAGGGCAAUCAGGGUAGUAAGAUUUGAAUAGGGCAAUCAGGGUAGUAAGAAGUGAAUAGGGCAAUCAGGGUAGUAAGAAGUGAAUAGGGCAAUCAGGGUAGUAAGAUGUGAAUAGGGCAAUCAGGGUAGUAAGAAGUGAAUAGGGCAAUCAGGGUGUCCAGCUGGGCAUGGAGUAAGGUGCUGGGUAUUCGGCGAGUAAGAAUGGGUAAACGGGUACAUACCCAUACUCAUGGAAAGGUUGUGAGGCAGAUUGACAAACUGGAUAGAUCGCAAGUACCAAGCAUACUUGUCAAGAAACGAUGGGAGGCUGGCUGAGGGUGUAGCAUGUACAAAGACUCAGGAUGGUUGGUUGAGGGUUUAAGAUGGGCACAGUACCCAGGAAGGCUGGUUGAGGGUGUAAGAUGGGCACAGUACCCAGGAAGGCUGGCUGACUGUGUACGAUGGGCACAGUACACCAGAAAGGCUGGCUGAGGGUGUAGCAUGUACAAAGACUCAGGAUGGUUGGUUGAGGGUUUAAGAUGGGCACAGUACCCAGGAAGGCUGGUUGAGGGUGUAAGAUGGGCACAGUACCCAGGAAGGCUGGCUGACUGUGUACGAUGGGCACAGUACACCAGAAAGGCUGGCUGAGGGUGUAAAAUGGGCAGAUUACCCAGGAAGGCUGGCUGAGGGUGUAAAAUGGGCAGAUUACCCAGGAAGGCUGUCUGAGGGUGUAAAAUGGGCAGAUUACCCAGGAAGGCUGGCUGUGGGUGUAAAAUGGGCAGAUUACCCAGGAAGGCUGGCUGUGGGUGUAAAAUGGGCAGAUUACCCAGGAAGGCUGUCUGAGGGUGUAAAAUGGGCAGAUUACCCAGGAAGGCUGGCUGAGGGUUUAAGAUGGGCAGAGUACCCAGAAAGGCUGGCUGAGGGUGUAAGAUGGGCACAGUACCCAGGAAUGCUGGCUGAGGGUGUAAGAUGGGCACAGUACCCCAGAAAGGCUGGCUGAGGGUGUAAGAUGGGCACAGUACCCCAGAAAGGCUGGCUGAGGGUGUAAAAUGGGCAGAUUACCCAGAAAGGCUGGCUGAGGGUACUGCUAGGCAGUAUGAGUUUGUCUGAAACCAGAAAGGGUCACUAUAUGUUGAGUGUGGAAGGUAAAUAACACCAUUAGGAAAUAUUGUAAUCGUGUAUGCUUUGGUCAUCCCCUACCUUUAACUGGCUCAGUCUGGGGAAACAUUUUUUAAAGGUUUCCUUUCUAUCUGGAAGCAAUUUCCCCUAAACCGAGUCUGAUUGCAGGAGGUGGGGGAAGGUUUCAUUGUUUCCAACUUGUAAAUAAACUGUUCACUCCUAUAUCGUGUCUACCAGGGCACACUUCAGUUAGAACAUUGCUUUAUAAGGACAUUACAAGGACUGGUUUAGGGGUUAAACCAGGGGUGGCCAAAAAGUACAUACCCAGUAAUUGUACAACUACAACUCCCAUCAUGCAUUGAAAGCUCGAGAUCUACCUUCUAGACCUGCAUUUGUUUUUGGAUGAAUUAAAAGGUGUCCAAAUUUUGGGUUUUUUCGUUAAUCCUAAUCAAGAAUGAACUAAUCAGUUUGAAAAUGCUUUAUACAAAAAUCACAUUGCUUGAUGGACACAUUGCAUCUGUGUAAUCUAUUUGCAUUUCUGCUUAAUUGCAAUUCCAUUUUUCCUUCCCAUCUUCCUUGUUCUGUUUUCUGUCUUCAGUGUGAUUGGAACUACAGUACUCUCCAAGGAACAGCCAAAUAAUACUAAUACAAACCUACAAAGAAUGCAACCAAUCAGAGUGAGCCAUAGUGAAUGCAGCCAACCAGAGCAUUGUUUUGAGUAGGACUUACUCUGGUUGCCUUCAUAUACUUGCAUUAAACAGAAGUUCCAACUUCAUUUAAGACAGAACAGAGAAGAGAGAUGAGUGAGUAUUACAGAUUUUAUUUUGGGGGCAUUUAUGGUCUAAAGGCAGAUUUUGGAUUCUCAGAUUAAAUGUGAUUUAUUCAUUAAAAGUAGUAUAUGUAAUCCCUAUCAAUUCUGUCCUAAAUAAAUAAACCUAUUUUAAUCUGGAAAUCCAAAAGUAACAUUUAGUGAAUAAACCAUUUUAAAUCUGACUUUGCAAAAUUAAAAUUUUUAGGUUAAACAGGGUGUAUUCACUAAAUUGUUGUUUUGGAUUCUCAGACUAAAUGGGGGUGGGGGGAAGGUUAUUCACCAAAGUAUAUUUUUGUAAUUACAGGCAAUCCUACGUGAGUAAACCUAAUUUAAUCUAGUAAUCUAAAUGUAAUGUUUAGUGAAUAAGCCCCUGCUUAAUCUGACAUUCCAAAUUGUAGAUUAUCAGAUUAAACUGGGAUUAUUCACUGAACUGCUUUUGAAUUUUCUAACUAAAAGUAGGUUUAUUUACUGAACGUUUAGGUAAUCAACAAUAGUAAAUAUUUAGUGAACAAAUAAAAAUAUUUAUUGGUUAAUACCUCUCUUCUUAUCUGACAGUCCAAAAUUAGGAUUCUCAGAUUAUUUAUAUAGUGUCGACAUAUUCUGCAGCGCUGUACAAUAGCUAAAACAAGACCAACUAGGCUCAGUUAGCCUCACUAAGCAUCAUGGAAUUUGCAGUCCUGCGCAGGUGGGGAUUUUAUGAUGACAGGGACAGAGGCUGAUCUCCUCUUAUUGCACACCUAUAAUUGUUGUUAUUAUUGGCAUUCAUUUGGAACACUAUAGUCACCUAAAUUUACUUCAGCUAAAUAAAGCAGUUUUAGUGUAUAGAUCAUUCCCCUGCAAUUUCACUGCUCAAUUCACUGUCAUUUAGGAGUUAAAUCAGUUUGUUUCUGUUUAUGCAGCCCUAGCCACACCUCCCCUGGCUAUGAUUGACAGAGCCUGCAUGAAAAAAAACUGGUUUCACUUUCAAACAGAUGUAAUUUACCUUAAAUAAUUGUAUCUCAAUCUCUAAAUUGAACUUUAAUCACAUACAGGAGGCUCUUGCAGGGUCUAGCAAGCUAUUAACAUAGAAGGGGAUAAGAAAAUCUUAAUCAAACAGAACUUGCAAUAAAGAAAGCCUAAAUAGGGCUCUCUUUACAGGAAGUGUUUAUGGAAGGCUGUGCAAGUCACAUGCAGGGAGGUGUGACUAGGGUUCAUAAACAAAGGGAUUUAACUCCUAAAUGGCAGAGGAUUGAGCAGUGAGGCUGCAGGGGCAUGUUCUAUACACCAAAACUGCUUCAUUAAGCUAAAGUUGUUCAGGUGACCAUAGUGUCCCUUUAAGGCUGAUGGCUGAUCCCUUAGGUGUUAGGUGUUAAGCUUGAUGCUUAGCCAGCCCUGGCAGUUUCAGUAAUGAUGCAAGUCCUUCCAAUUCAUACUUGUUGUGGCCCUGGCACAGAACAGUGGGUAGCAGCGAAUGUCACUUUCAAGCCCAGGGAAGGGGCCAACGAAAGAGAGCACAGCCCUCCAGAUCCUUUCACUUUCACCCAACUAGCAGGCCAGGGGUAUCUUGUGGGCAUUGGCAGCCCUCACAAAGCAAACUUUUUGGCCAUGGACAGUAAUACCACAGUACCCAAACCUUGCCUAAACCUUUUUGCAUGUUUUGCAUUAUGUUAUUCCGCCUUUCCUUGUGCAUAGGCUGACAAGCAGCAUAUUGGAAAGUGACAAUCAACAUUUGGCUCUCCAGAUUCCUCCACCAGCCCCCACCACACACACACACAGUCUCUUACACACAUACACACUGGCUCUUACACACACACACACACCCCUGGUUAACUUUUAAGCUUCUGCACUGGCUGAGAAGAACAUGGACUAUAGUUCAUAAUAUCUGCAAUUUAAAAAGCUGCUCAUCCCUGAGAUCUGUUGCUUUCGUGUCUAUCUCAGCAUGUUUAUUAGGAUGGGGGAGACUUUACUAGAACAAAGAGCUGUUAGAUAGGAAGUGUAACUUUUUUUUGGUGGGGUAAUGGGCGUUCUUUACAAUACAGCCUGCACAGGAUGUGAUCUGGGCUGCAUACAUCCUGGGGGGCUGGGUAGCACACUGCUGGUUUUUAUCAGCAGUGCAGUCAUACACUGGAAUUUUGUGUAGGGCCUCUAUCCUAGGUUAACAUGAGAUCUGUCUUGUGGAGAACAGAUGUGUUUUAACUCUGUCCCUGCCAGAAGAAUCUGCAGGGAUACAGAUAAUUCCAAGAGGAUUCCUACUAUGUAUUUACAUUGUUGUGUUCUAAGAAUCUCUGAGAUUGUAUCAAUGAUGUACCUUUGAUGCUUGUCAAUGCUCAUUCGGAUUUAUCUUUUUUUUUUUGCUUUCAAACAAUUACAAGUAAGCUUUUCCAACAUGCCUCUUCUAUAGGAUUUUUCGGUUUUGAAAUUCACCUCUGUUAAUUGUGUUUAGUGCAUGGGGGCUGUUUGUGAACAAACAUUUCACACCUUGGUAGGACCUUUUAUCUGUGGCUAGAAGUAGAGGAGGUGUGAAUAUGCAAUGCUUUGUAAUACGGCUUUAAAUAACCAUCAGCAAGUUCUGCUGUGACAAGUAUAAUCUGUCUUUUUAAAACAUUGAUGUUUUAGAUUUUAAAAUGAGAAAAAUUAAAUAAGAUUCGUGACACUUUACUGAAGAGGGCCCAGUCCAAAUUAAUGAUGUCUGGGAGCGCAUGGCUCUAAAUAUUCACUUGCCACUGGCACUUGAAAAUGCCACAUACAGAGGUUUAUGUACUAAACCCUGACUCGUAGUGUAUUUCAAAAAUUGAAAAUCUAAGACAAAAUAAUUAAUUGGGACUAAAUCAUCUCCAUUAUAAUCAAUAGUAAAAGAAAGGAACACCACCGCCCCUCUCACCCCUCAACAUUUGGCUGUAAGGGAGGACAGCUUGUGUUCUGUAGGACCUACUUAUAUUUCUGUUUUCUGAUAAAUAUCUUGUGUGAACUGUGUUUUUACUUUGUGUAUUUUUGACUGCAUUGUGUAUGUGCCUUUUUUAAAAUAUCUUUCAGCAUCUUUUACAAUAAAGAUUUUUUUAUUUUUUUAUAUAGCGUUUGCUCCUCCUUUUUAUGUAUAUCAGGAUAGAUUGGUAUCAGGGGACACAUGCUUUUGGGAUAUUUAGAGUGCCAAAAUUAGCCAUCACUGAUCUAAAGAGAGCUAAUAACCCGGUGCAGUGGAAUACUCCAACCACUGCAGUGGUUAUGGUGCAUUGAGAGCCCUGGCAUUGUCCCAGAGUACGUAGUCAAAUCAUUUGUGAACAGGUUAUCAACUUUCCUAGGUGCUGCCAGUUGCCUAGUCUUGUGCCCUUAGAACGCUCUGCAAUGAGCUAAGUCUGGCAGUACAGGGCUUAGCUUAUUAGCCCUGCAUUCAGCUGAUACUUUCAGCCAAUGUGCUGGCCCUGCAUGAUGGGGCUUGGCUCAGUGGAGUUAGCAGGAGCUUCCGGCUGCACAGGAUACUGUGACUGACGCCCUGUAGACCCCAGGGAAGCUGUAAAAUCAUUUAUAAAACGGUUUGAUUUCUUACCCUGGGAGGGGUGCCAUAAUCACUACAGUGGGCUGCAGCACUACCUUUAAUAUUUUUAGGUUUAUAAAAGGGCCAGUGUUCUGUAGCACUGAGCAAUGGAAGGUACAGAAUUGGGAGUAUUUAGAGUUUCUCUCCUGGUGUGCGAAAUGUUAAGCAAUAAUCUAUUAUUCCAUCUUUAUUUCUAAUUGUAGACAAAAUAAUUGCAGAUCUACUUUGCAUUAACCCUCUGAGUGCCACAGGCAUGAGUAUCUAUAAUACUCAUGUCUGUGGCACUCAUAGGGUUAAUACAAAACUGUAGUAAUUGCUGUUUUGCUAAUUCUGCCCCUUUGUAAAUAUUGGUGGUAAAACACUCUACUUACUAAUCCUUCAAAAGAAGUGACAGGCUUAUUAGAAUUCACUACGGAUAUUGUUUCUUGCAUAAGUUAACAUAUGCAGCGGAUAUGAUAGCAUAUGGUAAUACAAUUCUGUCAUGUUGAUGCACCUUAAAAUAAAAAAAAAAAAAGGCUAUGGCUGUCAAAUGAUCUGUCUUCAUGGUGACAUUGUGAUUCUACGCCGUGUUCAUUAUACUGUACAAGUGAUGGCGCCUUUGCACUCAGUAUGUUGGAGAACUAUUUUUCCUAUGACGUAGAAGGCUCAGUGUGACGGACCGCCUGGCACCCCAACCGGGUGCCUCCGCCAACUCAUGCUCCUAGUGCUCACCGAUUAAUCCAAACACUCCACCCGACACCAUCAGCACUGUAGUCCCCACGUGCAGCGUUACAGCUUUGCUUGGGAACUUGCCGUCCUACACCAACCCUGGACCCAAGACCAGGAUCCAGCUUCCAGUGGGUGAACCUCAAUACCGGCUGUGAUGAGUGUAGGGGCUGUAGUAGUUGCUAGAUACGGGCUGCAUUGUGUGAAGGUUAUGAUAAUCUGGGGGGGUAGAGCGGUGUGAUGUAAGCAUAGGGGCUGUAUUGGGUUGGUAGGGGCAGUAGAGGGGCAGUGCUGGGAGGUAAUGGCAGUGCUGAAGGGAUAGGGGCUAUGGUGUUAAAAUGGUGCAGUAGCCUCUAUAAUCUCAGUAAGCGAGUCCGUCUGCCCUGACAAAUUCUGGAAAUCUCAUUCUGCACUAUGUAAUGUCAGUAACCCUUCUGGACCAAAGACAUUGCAUAAUGUCACGUGUAGAACCAGAAGUAACACCCAAAAGUAAAAAGAACACCCAGAAAUAAAAGGGUAAAAAAUACCUUUCUCUGGAAGAAAUGUUCCCAAGAACACAGGGUUUGUGAUAAGGGAUAGAGGUAAUAAUGUGGAGGAUAGGGGAUGUGAUAAAUGGGAUAGGGGCAGUAAUGUGGGGGAAGGGGGCAGUGGCCAGGAGGGGGAUUCUGAUACCUGGUGGUCCGGUGGGAGAAUGAGCAUUCUGCAUACCCAGUGGAUGCAGACCGCUCCUGGGAAUGUAACAGUGUGUUGCUAUGGUAACCUGUAGCCUCGGCCCACUUUGCCAUCACGGCCAACCUGGCAUUUGCCGGUUUGCCUGAUGGACAGUCCGGGCCUUGCCUACAUUAAAAAAUUAAAUUAAGAAAUGUAUUGGAAAAUCUACCACUCAGAAUUCUUACUCAGACGUAAUCAGGGCUUGACUAGCCAUUUCUCUUUACCUGUACUUAGGGCUACCAGAUCCACCAUGUCUUCUAAUACAUGUAUUACUUCAAAUAGAUGGGCUGCAUAUAAAUAGUGCUGCCCUGUAGUAUGGAUAAUUCAUAUUCUACAGGAUUCCUCAAUGAUUAAUGACUUAAAGGAAAACUAUAGCGUUAGCAAUAAAACCACGUAUUCCUAAUGCUAUAGCGUUCUAGAUUAUCCCCGCCCCCUCCCCCCAAAGACACACCUCCCUGUGAGCAUUUCAAAAUGUAUGCACUGGCCCCCUUGCUGCUUCCCAACCUUUUGGUUGAGAUCAUUGAGCUCCAUGCAUUCUUUUUGUGUGUGUGCUUAUAAUACCCCACAGUGAUUUGGCUUAGCACUUCAUGAUCAUAUUUUGUGACUAAAUUCACAUUUUAAGAUUUUGUGAUUUGAAAUUGCUUUGAUAGAUUAGUGUGUGUGCUGUUUGCAUGUAAUGUAGUGUUUUUUUUGUUUUUUUUUAAUAUUGAGUUUAUUUUAGCAGCACUGUUAUUAUGCAAUGCAUCUUCUGUGUGGAGUUUCCUAAUUCCAUUUAUAAAAAAAAAAAAAUCUAUAUACAUUGUAUAUUACUGUUAUUUGCAGAGUAAGGCGAAAAUGCAUUUUGCAAGCCUAUAGAAUACAUAUAUUAGGUUAAAAGGUUACUCCAGCUUAAUUUUUAAUAUCAUUUUCUUGUAUUAGAGUAUAUUUAUAUCUCUCAAGGUCUCCUGUUUUUAGCAUAUAUAACUUUUUAAAAUGCUAUAAAACGUCUCUGUAAAUCAGUGCCAGGCCAUGUUAUCCCGGCAUCCACUCCUCUGUUGUCAACACAGCGUCAUCAUCUUUCGGGUCACGAUUCAAGCACAUGCUUCAUAGAGAAGCCUUGAUGGAUUGCAGAUGCAUGCCUUGUAAGUGCGUUGAGUGGAACUAGAGCGGGACUGUGGGAUGGCCAGAGUUUGUAGAAGGGGGGUGAACAAGAAGAGGGAACAAAGCAGUGGUCUUAAUUGUCAAAUAACAGGUAGUGAGACAGGGUGGGCUUCAAGGGCUGGUACAAUGGAGGGAGGCAGGGGCUUACCGAGAGCAUUUGGCACCCGGGGCGGAUCCUGAGUUUGGCACCCCCCCUCUUUAAAAUUUAAAAAACACCCACACAUUUUUUUAAAAUUGUUUUUCAAGAAUAUUUAUUGCACAAAUUUGUAAAUUGUAUUACAACUUGAAAACACUAGAACUAUGAAAAAUAAAUUAUUAACUUAGAAAAGUUAUACAAAACUCCUUACCCUGACCCAUUAUACAAACCCCCUUACCCUGACCCAUUAAACAAACCCCCUGUCCUAAAAAAAAUCCUGCACCCCAUACACAUAACAAACCCUGCACCGGGCACUUUACAUAAAGUUAAUACACCCCCUUCACAUAAACUCCAGUAUAGGCUGUCGGUCCGCACUAUAAGAAUGUAUGGGGGGUGACUCAUGACACUGAUAGUCCCCCCUUUCCCCUCCCCCCGUACCGCCACUGAUACAACCCUCACCCCCUUCACAUAAAUGACUUGCUCCGGCCUCAAGCAAAGACGCCCUGAAGUAAGUGAAUGGGAUGACCAAUCCUAGGAGCCUGGGCAAAAUUCUUAGUUGCCAUGGCGACCUGGCAUCUGGGAUUUGUCGAGCCCUGUUCUAAACUAUAGGACUAUGGCCAUUCCAUACAAAAUAAUCUUUAUAAAUAAAUCUCAAACUGUAUCUCUCAAGCCACACCUCAACCAUACAAGUUAUUAGAUGGAGGAAUGAGUAUGGGAGAUCAUUAAUAAAAUUCAUGUUCUCUGUCUAUAUCAAUCAUUUUGUUCAGUUUAUGCCAGGUUUUCCCACAUCUAGGCCAUGUUCUAUCAAGUUUCUAUUGUCAUUGUUUACCCUGAAUCUGAUAUCAACAUGGCAAUGAACUCACUGAUUGCCAAAUUCUUCUAAAUCCAUCAUCACUCGUGACAUUUGAGUGACAUUUAUGUUCCCAGAGUCCAACCUUAUGAAGAACCUUCAUCUAGCAUAGACAGGUUUAUAGUGAUCAGUGAUCAGGGCAUUGCAAUUUCUGUGAAACCCUGUCUUUCCUAAAAAAAUUAAUUCUGCUAUUUUAUCUGAAAAACCUUGAUCUCUUCAAAUUGUGCAACAUAUGAGCUAGACAUGUGACUAAAAAUAAAUCUCUCCCUCUCUAUCAUGAGUUAGAAAAUACAUAUAAUCUAAUGUGUUUUCAGAUUCACUUUAGAAUUUUUAUAUAAAGAUUGUUUAAACCCAGAGAGUUAAAACCAAAUAUGCACGUGUGACUCAGGAGAUAAAGCGUACGAUAAAAAAAAUCAUCCCCUGUAAUUUGGAAAUGGUGAUCAUAUCGGACUGCGAGAUAUAGUUCUUUUCAGUAUUGGAUCAAGAACAGAAAUCGUCUUAGAGGGAACACUGCCACUCAAAGUUUAAUAAAUAACUAGCGCUGUUUACUUUGCCAGCAGGAAAGAAUAACCAGCAUUUUAAUGCACAGUUUGUGGAUUUUUAAAGCGUUAAUAUGUUGAUAUUCUAGCGCAAUAGAGAGACUGAUACAAGUCAGAAUUCAGUUGUGAAUUCCAAGUUGCAGAUAAAUGCUUUGUAGUCUUCAAAGUAUGUUUGUAGGUGAAAUGAAAAAAAGAGAAAAUUAUUUGAAGCCGCAGUGUGACCACGUAUAAACCCAGCUAAAAACAGAAAAAACUUGUUUCGUGUCCUUUGUAUCCUCCUAUGCAUGUGUUUUAAAGUAGAAAACCCUACUCGGUUUGAUGCCCCCAGACAGCUGUAUAAUAACCAAGGUUAUUUAUACACCGCUGCAGAGUAUUUUGGAUGUUAAAUGUAAAAUACCAUAACACUCUCUCUCUUGGAACUGAGUACCUCCAUCUUGAAUGCCUUAUGCUCCGCCUUUUGCAUCUGUCAGUGAUUAUAGAUGGGGCAAGAGAAACAGAAAAAUUUACCUAUACUUGUUUCUUUCACGGACCAGCCAUCAUUUUUUAGAAUAUGUGGGUUUUUUUUUUGUUUGUUUUGUUUUUUUUGCGAAAACUCGUUUCGCAGUCUUUCUGACAUUUCUUUACAUUUACAGCAUGUUUCACUUUUAUGUUUUUUUUUCUGACACUGGAAAAUUUGAAAACAAAAAACUUAUUUUAAAUCACUCUUAGAGCACUUUAAUAAAUAUGAUCAAAAUAAUUAGAAAAAUUAGCCGCUUUUUUUUUUUUUUUAGAUUUAUCAAAUGAUGAUAAACACUUUCCCUAAUAUUUCAUUUUUUUUCUCACCCUCACUGUGCUUGUUCUAAACUGGAUUGUAAUGUCACUAAAUCUCUAAUACACAUUUGAAACAAAAUGAAAAUCAGGUUCAUAGAAGUUAUACGUGAUUUUCAGUGAUUAUUGAAUUGUGUAAUUUCCAGAGAAGUGACUGGUUCCCCUUUAAACAGAUUUAUUUACUAAGUUCCAAAUUGUAGAAGGCUGAAAUGCCAAAUUUUAGGAAACCAAAGCUUGUUUUGAGAAUUUCUCCAACUGCGAUAUAGUCACAGAUGAACUAUUUUAGCCUCAAAUCUGUGAUUCAUAGUUAAGUAAAUAAACCCUGCAGAGGUCGCUCUGUCUGUGUUGGGGUUAGUUGAAACUCGCUGUGUUGCUAUUACUGGCAUUUAUAAAGUGCUUACGUAUUCUGUAGCACUGUUCAACAGGGGCAAAAGACAAUACAAUAUACACAGCUCUCGACGCUUCUCAAUUUUGUAAAUAGCCCUGUUUUUGUGUACACCAAUAGUUUUCACCUAGGUUUUCAAUUUCACUGUGUUUAGGGGGCUCUUGAAUCAUUGGAGAUCUUUCAAAAAGUGCUUUCUAGACGUAUGUGUAAUGUAUUUGCUGCCUGGUGUUAUAUGCAGAAUAUUUUUUAGAAAGAAGGGUGUUUUAAAAAAAUAAAUAAAUGUACCUACAUUUAUCUUUUUUAUUUCUACUUAAUGCAUGUUUAUAAUGUUUUUAACUUUAUAAAGUUUAAUGAGAGAACAAUAAAGUAAAUUGAAAUUACCUUUACUAGUGACUAAUGAGAUCCUUGAGGUUGAUGCUGCGAGACUAAAUAUUUGAUAUCUGGUUCGAUUUUCGUAAGGAACAAACGAAAGUCUCCUUUUUCGGUGAUAUUCAGACCACUUCUCUGUUUGCGCAUAAUAUGAUUUCUCAUCUGUGCGUCAGCUCCCCUCCUCUCCCUCCUCAAUUCCCCUGUCAACCUUUUUUUUCCUUUUUUCUAUUUUUUAACCUUACUUAUAGCAAUGCCCAGUAGGAAGGCUGAGCUAGGUAGCCCACUUACUAUUACUUACUAUAGCCCACUAUAACAGACAGGCACACAUACAUACAUGCAUACAUACAUACAGACACCCACACAAGACACACAUAUACACAUACAAAGACACAUACAUACAAACAGACAGGCACACAUACAUACAUACAUACAUACAUACAGGCACACAUACAUACACACACACACACACACACACACACACACACACACAAGACACAUUCAUACAAACAGACAGGCACACAUACAAACAGACACACACAUACAAAGACACACACACACACACACACACAUAAGACAUACAGACAGACAAGACACACACACAUACAAAGACACACACACACACACAUACACACACACAUAUAUAUAUAUAUAUAUAUAUACAUACAGACAAGACACACAUACAUAAGACACACACACACAUAUAUAUAUACAGACAGACACACAAGACAUACAUACAAAGACACAUACAUAAGACACACACACAUACAUACAAAGACUCAGCCACACACACAUGACACACACACGUACAUACAAAGACACACACACAAGACAUACAUACAAAGACACAUACACACACAAAAUAUUUUAGUCACCCUCCUGUUUCCUACCUUUUAGGUGCAGGAGGGUGACAUUCCCUGGGGACCAGUGGUGGCUCAGGUGGAAGGGAGUCAGAGUUCCUACUCUGACUCCCUAGUCUUCCUCCCGCGUGGUCUGUGUGUUAGCUGGGAGGAGUGAUGUGCAGUCACUUCCUCCCAGCUCUGUGAUGUAAUCACAGGGGGCCCAGUCGCGCUGUUAAAGCAUCCAGCGCUGACCGGGCCCCCUUACAAUCCACAUCCAUCGGGUGGCCCUGACAGCAUGGGCCACCCGAUGGCCCCCUUGGACGUCGGCCGGGGUCGCAAAUGGUGAUGGCGGUACCCAGUCGCACGGGUACCGCUGGCUCGCACCCGCACGCCUGCCCAAUCUCUAAAAAUGAGGAAAUCCCUACCGCCCACCUGGAAUCUUGAAACGCCCACUAGUGGGCGGUAGGGACCAGGUUGGCAACCCAUGGUCUAGGGUUUAUUGGGAGUUAUCUCACUUGUAACACCUAAAAAUUGCCCCCCUUCAAUAGUUAGUCAUCAAAUGCUGAGUGAUGAAAUCCGUUUGUUAAUCAGGAACAUUGGGUAACUGAUAUCUAUCCUGGAGAAUAUGAAUACUACAGCAGUUUACUCUUGGCGACCAUCAUCAAAAAGCAAGAAGUAAUUUGUUGAAAUCAUAUGAAGUAUUUGGAAUACCUAGCAGAGCUUUAAAGGAACACUCCAGUACUUUAGGGGUUUGCAGACGUUCCCCUCUAUUUUUUUGUUUUAUAAAAUGCAAAUUUUACUUAUCGUUAUUUUUUAAUAGAACUCUCCAAUUUUCCAAAUCCUGCUCUUUACAGUUCUGUAGCGUACACAGAUUAAAAUGACUCCUGUUUAACUCUGUCUGGGUGCCAACGGGAGCAGCCAUUUUAACAGCUUGUUGCAAGAUUUGCAUGAUUAGAUCACCAUGUUAAAUUCCAUAGCUGGGAGGAAAGCAUGUUUUUGGCAGCUUUAGAGCUAAGGCUGAUGGGAAGUAAUUAACGAUGAGAGUAUAUUGUUUAAAAAAAAAAAAAAAUAUAUAUAUAUAUAUAUAUAUAUAUAUAUAUAAUAAUAAACCUACAUGCUUUAAUUACAUUUUUUUUUUUUUUAAUUUAGAAUUUAUUAUUUAUUAAUAUAUUAUUCAAGUGAGUCAUUCAUGGGUUAGAUGUACGACAAAGUGUUAAGCAAGGCAACUUUCACUCAAUUUUAAGAAAUAUAAAGAAAAACACAAAAAUUAGGGAUAUAUUCACUAAAUAGUGCCUUGUUAGAAAUUGGCUGUCUAGUGUUACCCUAAUCUGAUGGCUCUAGGCAGGUAUCGCUCACCAGAGCAGCUCAGAUUUUUCCAUUAUGUUUUACCACGCAGUGCCAAGAUGUAUCACCGAUGUUUCACCGUCUUGGUUACGAAGCUCGAGUUGGAGAAGUUAAAAUCUGUUAACCAUUUAAUGGAGUUUGUUUUAAAUUUGUAAAAAAAAUAAAACCACAGGAUUAUAAUGAACUGAAAACCAAAUGGCUCAAUCAAGGCUGAAAUGACUUGUAUGGAAAAUUUCUCUAACUUGGCUACUAGUCACAACUCGGCUGUUUUAGCCUGAGUUUUGCAGAUAAUUUUUUUUUAAUUUCAGGAUCAUACAUUUUAAAUGCUGCCCUAUUGUUGUACCUAUAUGCAGCCCAACGUAAAUUGGCGAUGAUUCCUGCUGUGUUUAACCCCUUAAGGACACAUGACAUGUGUGACAUGUCCUGAUUCCCUUUUAUUCCAGAAGUUUGGUCCUUGAGGGGUUAAACUAUGGUAGAACAAACAAAUGCAUCUGAUUUUACUAUAAACAAAUUACCAGCAGCUGGAAACUCGCUUUGAAAAUCUCCGGUUAUUGCAUCAAAAUAAAAAUUAUGGUGUUAUGGCAAACAGUGGCAAAGUGUAGCAGAAAACUCUUUGCCCUCAUGUUUAAACCGGCCCUGUCACGGUCUGUGGUCUUUGCAUGUUUUGAUGAUCCCAGAUGGUAACUUUGCCACUUGCAGUGAGGUGGCCACAGGGUGCAGGGAAAGGAGAGUUUUCCCUGGCCACCUCCAUUUUCUUCUGCAAGCUCUUGCUGUACUUUUGCGCAUGGACAAGAGUACUACACAAAUGUCUAUGUUGGGAUCCUCCCUAGACAGAGCUUUUUGGCUCUCAGUGGCUGCUCUCUAGAGCGUGCCGGAACCACUGAUCCAGCCUUUACCGUUGUCUGCAAGUACUGACUGUAUAGCGGUCAUACGCCGUGCCCCAAAUACUGUCCUCCCUGCCGCUAAACACCAAAACAAACUGCCUGUCUACCUCCGGAACUACAUGUCCUGGGCGCCAGGCAAUACAAAUUUCACAUGCUGAUAUUUUUUUUACCACAAAUUGUCCAGCACUACGGAUAUGUAGUUGCUCUAUUAAUGACACUAAUAAAUGUAAAAAAAAAAAUACAUACACAUAGCUAAGUGUUCUUUAUCACCCGCUGUCUAUUUAUGGGCCAGCUCUAUUGAAAGAGGAGAUGAGUGUUUGAGUCAUCCAUCAAUCAAUACAGAGUUCACUAGGGUAUUUUCAAAUCAACCAGUAAGUCCCACAUUUAUUUUUGAUAGUGUCGCCUAUCUAGCUUAAAGGUUAAUUGCUGUGAUGAUAACAUGACUUUUCCAUUGGUGGGAAAAUGAGGUCAGAGCAGGAAUCUCUGAGCCUAAUAAAACUGCCUUUCGUAAGGAUGCUGUAACGUUACAAAUGUAAAACAUCAUGAUUUUCGUCAUUAGUUUAGGAUUCAGAUUGGGAAUAUUGAUGCAUUUUAAUUAAACCGGCAUUCACAAUAGAAUUUCUUUAUUAUGCAAUUUGUUCAAAAUCACUGCCUUGCUCACAGUUACACGAUUCACGUUUGCACUGUGAUAAUAUAUAUAUAUAUAUAUAUAUAUAUAUAUGUGUGUGUAUGUAUGUAUAAAUUAGGUUAAUUGUGUUAGAAUUCCAUCUAUAGAUAUUUUCCUAGGUGCUUCACUAAACGCCAAUUCUGUAGUGCAAAUUGUAAAACUGAAGUCAUAGUAGCCAAGCAGUGUCUGCAGUGGAAUCCUCCAAAAACCAUUUCUAAGCUCGAUUUUGCAAAUCGUAUUUCAAUCCAGAUUUUAGUAAAUAAAGCCUUUAGUUACAGCAAUGCAACAUCCCCUUCCUCAGAGUUCUUUAACGCAUGGUUUGUCUGAACAGCUGCAAGGCCAGCUCAUAUUAAAAUUAUACAAGCUCCCCCUAUACCGGGGUAAGAGCUGAGAAACAGGCAGCUGGGGGAAUGAAAGAAUGGUCCACCUUUUCUCACCUCGGUCUACAUUUUUUUUAUAUAUAAUGACCAGUCAAGAAUGACAAUCAGAUUUCCGUACUAAGGAGCUUAAUGCAACAUGUGGAGAAAUGAAAGUUUUAGUUCAAAAUAGUCAAACUGGGAAAAAAAGAUGAAUUGUACCAUUUUUACGAUUAAAUUGGUCUCCAAUUCCAGUUUAGUGGGGUGGGGACAGGGGGGGGUGGGGGGGGUGUGCUAGAAACAUGCACAAUUUUAUUAAAAGUACCGUUUGUGUAUACGUAGUAUUUUUGAUUUUAUAAAUAAGACUUUCUGAAACUUGAUAACCUAACAAAAAGCAUGGCAUGCAGAGUAAUGAUAUACAUUAAUACCGCAGUGUGCUCAGUCAGUGUACAAUUUAAAGGAAGCAAAAUUAGAGGGUUUUUGUAAAAUGUGAUAAGGAAGCUGUUUAGUUGCAUUUUAUGAUUGCUGUACUCAGUGCAGUAAUGUUAGACACAACCGUAAAGACAUUGAGUGCCCCAAGGGGAAUACAGUAUGAGCCUGCUGCUAGUUAUUCACUGAAAAGGGAUAUGUGGAUAGUUUAAAAAUGGAAUUGCAAAUUGAAUAAAAAAAGGGGCAGAUUGGAAAAAUUCCCCAAAAGCUAUUUUCCCAGUGCGCUUGAUUUUUCCUAAAAUUUGCAAUUUAUCAGUUCUACACAGAUCCCUCUUUGCUGAAUAAACUUUUAAGUUUUCACUCCUUUUCUAUCCAUUUAAAGUGUGUGUAUGUAUGUGUGUGUGUAUAUAUAUAUAUAUAUAUUAUUAUUAUUAUUAUUAUUAUUAUUAUUAUUAUUAUUAUUUUAUGAAUGAAUGAAGAGCUGCAGGAUUCAUUGGGCCUAUAAAAAUAAAUUUAGCAAAAUGAAUCCACUUGAGUGCAACUAAUAUAAGCAUAUAUAUAUAUUAUACACACAUAUAUAAAUUGAAUACAUAACAGGUAAUAAAAUAUAUUCACCAUGACAGGUGCAUUUUGUGCUGAGGUUAUUCCAUAAUUGCGGUGCUCUGUAGGAAAAGAAGGAUCGAGCCACUUUAUUUUUGUAUUGCGGUAUGCUAAAUAUUGUGCUAGUACUGGUUCGGAGGUUAUAAUUGCAAGAUACCAAGGCUGCACAGUUGUAUCAAUGUAGUGAUUUUAUUAGUUAUUAUUAUUUAUAAAGCACCAACGAAUUCCGUAGCGCUGUACAAUGGGAGGACUAACAGGCAAGUAUUUGUAACCAGGCGAGUUGGAUGUACAAGAACAAAGGUCUUGUAGAGGGUUCUGCACAAACAAGCUUACAUUCUAGUGGGGUAAAGUGGCACAAGUGGUAAGGGUUAAUUGAUACAUUAGUGAUAGCUGUCACAGCGCAGAUACUGACACCUUCCUAGUGAUUUGUAGUUUCACCAAAACUGUUCACCCCAGAUCAACCGGAUUUGAUUAAUCACUUUAUUAAAUUCAUCUGCUGCACUAAACGGGUUAGUUAGAUUUAACCCCUUAGGGACCAAACUUCUGGAAUAAAAGGGAAUCAUGACAUGUCACACAUGUCAUGUGUCCUUAAGGGGUUAAACAAAAAAGAAGCGGUUAAUUCAUUUUAUACGGCAGUUAAAAGGAUAACGAACUUUAAGCCUUAUUACUCACAUUUUGUAACAAUCUUGCUGUCACAAAUAUGAACAAACCGGCAAGAUAGACUUUUCUUUUUCCUUAGAGCAUACUCACUGUUUACUGACAUGUAAACAUAAUUUCUUAUUUAAGGAUUUUCCAUUUUCAGCACAUCGUAAAGGACAAAUUCAUGUAGGGACAUAAAAUGCUAUGUAACAGCCUUGCAUGUGGCACAGAGAUUGCCAUUUACUGCCAUCUUUAGGUUGGCAACAAUAUUUCUUCCUUAUCUCGUAUUGAUCUCAGGAAUGACUUUGUUUCUAGCGGUAGUUAGUUAUUAGAUUUGUAAUGUCACCGUUCGUUAAUUAACUACUCUGUUAUCUCAAAGAAAACAAAUACAGUAAGAACGUUUAAUAUCUAAAAUCAAACUGGUUUCACUGAAACAAAAAAAAAACAUGUUUUUUAGAAAACAAUGUUUUUUUUGCUGGAGGCAUAUGAAUUCUGCAUUCUGUUAAACAGGGUGUGAAAGUGAUGCCCUACAGUUUAUGUAGAAUUCAUGUGCUCCUCAUCGUGAAAUCACUCAUCCUAGCCAGGGCCAUACCAACCUGUACAGGGUUAUUUACUAAUGUGAGAAUUUAAAGUGAAUUUCACAUUUAUGACCAAAAUAGGCAAAAUUGGACGCAUUGCUGAUUUACAAUUUUUCAUAAAUUCUGAAUUUACUUUGAUUUCUUUUUGUUUUUUGUUAUUACAGCCUCUAGUCAUGGGUCUGACAAAUAGGCGUAACUGUUGGAAAUGUAAAAAUACCUUUUGCUACUGCAGCCAAUCACCUUGAGUCUGGUGUAAGAGCUUAUAUCAAUAACCGUUAUUAAUAAUUAUUAUUUAUAUAGCUCUAACAUUUCCCGCAGUGUAUUAUAGUUACACAGGCAGUUAUAUAACAAUAAGUAAACGACCGACAAAAAUAGUUGUAUCAGUCCAUGUUUUACACCUCUGGUCCACACGAUGCUGCGUUUUAUGGCCAUAGACUGUUUGAUAUGUAUGACAGUGUCAUUUGUUAUUUGCCGCUCGUGAUUAUUCCGUGUUUUUCUGUUUAGGUUUGUAUUCGUCUGCAAAUCACUUUGUUUCUGGUUUCCUUGCAUUUAUUUACAUAACGAACCAGAUUCACUGAUAAACUUUCAUGAAAAGAAGAACUGUUGGUAAUGACCUUUCCUCACUGCUUAACCUCAGUAACUAAAGAAAGGAAGGGAAUACUCAACACACCAUAACCACUGCAGGAGAUCCCUCAAUGUAAGUAGUCAAAGUGUUUGCUAAUGGUUUGACUUCUUACCUGGGGUCCACCGUGUGCUGCUCUCUGCCUCUCCUCUUUUACUAUGGCCAGUGCCAGCCCACUCCUGACAACAUAGCCACCACAGCACACUGUAGUUGUUAUGGUGCUUGGAGUGUUCCAUAAAGUGAGGAAUGUAAGAGAUUUAAGAACAAAAAAAAAAAAAAACACCCAACACUUUCACUGCCAGUGAGUCAUUUCAUCUCUCCAUGAUGCUCUGGGCAUGGUAAUGCACACUCAGCAAUGUAUUUGUAAAGUCAUGUAAUCAUGCAUGCACACUUUAGCAUUCUUUCUAUAGAACCAUAGUUGGCAUGCACCGUCAUACUGCACACAUAGCAGCACCAUUAUCAAUGCACAAACUAUGGGAAAAUAUAUAUAUUUACACAUGCUUUAAAAAAAUAAAAUAAAAAUGUAGUCUUUUAAUCACAGCUAGGGUUUAUUUAAUCUCAGGACAUAUAAAUCACAGUCUGUCCGAGAUUGGUUGGUGCGCCCCUUUCAGCUCUUGUGGCAUGUCACUUUCCGGUGCUCACCACUGUCAUAGCAGCUGCUGCCUGAAAGCAUAACGCCCACAAAUCUGAGGCAGGCUUUAAUGUGGCAGUACUAGAGGUCCUGCAGUAUCCGUCUUGGUGUGAAUUACAUUUUCUAUUAUCACAGUGUGUCAUCGCCCAACAUGGUAUAAGGAUUGGAAGACAUGAUUUGCCAGUCGAAAUAAGGGAAAGAUCAUGAAAUAUGACAUACAUGACAUUCACGUAUAUAAGUGACAUAUAAUCGCAUGCUGAUUUCUCGUUAAUCACAUUACGUGUGCGAAGAAUGGCACAGAUGGUUUUAACAGGCUCUAUUUUAGGCUUCAUUCCUUGACGUUUGACAUGCAUGUGAAAAGCACUUUAGCAGCAGUCCAUGCUGGGAGAAAAGACCAGUGCAUUGGAUGGGCGUACACUGUGUGUGCCUUGCCAUACUCUAUAGGGAGAAUGUAGUUUUUGUUUGACUCCACUGAUCUACUGCACAACAACCUACCUUGGCAUGUAACCUUUCUGGCAGAUUGGUCUGCUUGCAUUGUUAGAUAUAUUUUAAGUUUCUUCCAAGAUGAAAAAAUAUUGUUAGUUAUUUUUUGGAAUCAAAUGUUUUGUCUAUCAUAGAGCUUCCCGGCAAUACAACUCUUAUUUUAAGACAUAACUGAAAAGCAAUGAGAUAGAACACUGGGUUAUCUAAAGGUUAUUCCCGUUGCUCUAUUUUGGAAUUAUUCCUGCAGCACCCAUGGAUAGCCCACCAACAAGAGAGUGGUUGGCGCUGUGAGCGCAUUAGGUAAGCUUUGCUUCAGUGCUUUCCUAUGGGGUUUUCACUAACGCUGGAUAUCCUCAUGCAGAGCGUGAGGAUAUCCAGUGUUACUUACGCGAUCUGGAGUCCGGUAGACAGCCACUAGAGGCUGUCUUGGUACUGCAAUGUAAACAUUUCAGUUUCUCAAAAACUGCAAUGUCUGUCAUUGCAGGAUUAAGGGGUUAAAAACCCAUUUUGUCACUUACCUGAUUCCAGUGCCGUUUUCUCUCAGCGCUGGUUCAGGCCCCACCUCUGCUCCUCCCCUGCCGACGUCAUUUAUAGGAAAGCAUUUAAAAUGCUUUCCUAUGGUGUUUUGAGUGACGCUGGACGUCGCUGUGCAUAGCGUGAGGACUAUCAGUGUCAGGCGACCAAAAGUCGCCUAAUGACCCAGAACUCCCUCUAGUGGUGGAGUGAACCCUCAAAGGGUUUAUUAAAACCUGCAAUAAUUACAAUUGCAAGGUUAAAGGACCUGGAACAUUGCACUCAGACCACUUCAAUGAGCUGCGGUGGCUGGGUGCCUAUAGUGUCCCUUUAAUUGAAAGCAUGUGCUUCGAUGACACAAAAAAUUGCGUGUGUGUGUGUGUGUGUAUAUACAAAGUUAUAUAUUUACAGGGUUAUUCAACAGAGUGAGAAUACAAGGUGAAUUUAACAUUUAAGGUCAAAGUAGCCGAACUUGAAACAUUAUCUCUGUCAACUAUGCUUCCAGUUUGGCUACUCCGGCCUUAAAGUUUCACUUUAGUUAAUAAACAAAACUAAAAUAACUAUAUAUCCCUUUUUUUUUUUUUUUUUUACUGUGAUUCUACUGGGGGAAAAAAAACGUGAAUGCUUUGUGCACAGCAAUGAAUGGAAUAAUUAUAAGCAGUGAAAAUCAGCGCACUCGGAUUAAAGUUUAGAGUAUUUUAGCUUGUUUCAGAGGAUUAGGAAGCAAAAAGUCUUUCUAUAAUUGGCUGUCCAAUCUUUUAAGCUUUGCUUUAUCAUGGAAAAUGAAGGUUGUUACACAGGAGGAGAAAAUCUGCAUUAUUUAAUACUUUCUAACAAUUUUCCUGCAAACUUACAUAUCUUCUGUUGCCUCAUUAUUUAUAGAAGAAAAUGGGAAUAAAACAAAAUAGUUAAAGGAGCACUAUAGUGCCCUGAGGGUGCCCCCACUCUCAGGGUCCCCCUCCCGCCGGGCUGGAUGGAAAGGAAGGGGUUAAACUUACCUCUUUUUCCAGCACCGGGCGGGGAGCUCUCUUCCCUCUUUGGCUGAAUGCUGAUGCGCGGCAUGAGCCGCGCGCGUAUUCAGCCAGUCCAUACGAAAGCAUCCUCAAUGAUUUUCACAGUGAGAAACCCUAAUCUCAACAUAGCAGUUUCUCUGAAACUGCUAUGUUUAUAAGAAAAGGGGUUAACCCUAGCUGGACCUGGCACCCAGACCACUUCAUUAAGCUGAAGUGGUCUGGGUGCCCAUAGUGAACCUUUAAAGGAGCAUUAUAGUGCCAGGAGAGCAAAGUUGUUUUCCUGGCACUAUAGGGUCAUUAGGUUCUGCCCCCCUCCCACUGGGCUGAAGGGGUUAAAACUGAGCUAGCUGUGUACAUACUUUGGAUAAGAAAGUAUUUUCUGGAGUGAGAGGGUGUGGCUAAAGAGGCAGGCUUAUAGUGCAGCAUUGUGCAAAACAUUUCUUUUAUGCAAAAACUAUAAAGAUUUGAGCAUGCAAAAAAAAUUCAGCUUAUUAAUGAGGCCAAAAACAAUCAAAUGCAUUAAAGUAUUAUUGGUCUCCAAAGUGUCCCUUUAAGCAAUCACCAAUGGAAUAUGUCAGUUGGUUCCAAUGGCACGGUAAUUGUCUCACUUUUAAUGUUUUAGAUUACUUUUUAUACCAGGACACAUUGAUAGCUCUCCCCCAAUGUUUCCGUUUCUCCUUCUCUAAUACAAUGUGUGACCUGGCUCUGUUUGGACUGGAAUGGAUUGUGACGUCAAUUCCUAAAGUUUUAUUAUACAUAAAAAAAAAAACAAAAAAAAAAACUGAGUAUAGUAUGAAAAAAGCUUAAAUUAUAGGCAGAUUUUUAGUAUUUUAUUCAGUUGUGUUUUCAUUACUGCCUGAUGUAAUUUAGAGUUCUAUGUCUAUAUCUAUAUAUAAAACUACAUGUAAUCUAUGUAGUGGAAUGCACAAGAAACCAUUAGAGCAUGACUGCUAGAUUUUCAAAUCACCGGCUUGUUCAGCACCAAACUGUGAGAUUUCACCUCCAGAUGCCACACUACGACCGUGCUGGGUAAAUUAGUCAUUUUCUCUCCCGUAUAGUUCACAUAGCGAUGGGGGAUUUCACUCUUCAUUAAUCAUGUUUUUUAUGUCACAGACGUUCAGUUAGAGGAAUAAGUAUUUAUUGCAAGUAAAUUAUGGCAAAUUGAUCAAGACCAUGUCUGAAUUGGUUUGAAAUCUCACGAAUUACACAUUGCUUUCUUGCGUAAUAGUUUGUGGCAUGUAUAUUGUUAUCUGUACUUGUAUCUUACACUAGAAAAAUAAAACAGAUUCAGUCACAAAUAGCGAAGUAAAGCAUCAGUACUGUAACUGUAUUGAAUUGUAAUACUGUAAUUUCUUCAGAGUAAAAUGACACGGAAUGCAGACCGCAGGGGGAACAGCAAAGUUGAGAAAAUGAUGUCCAUAUUUUGUGUUUAUAUCGGAUUAAAGGAACACUAUAGUCUCCUAAAUUACUUUAGCUAAAUAAAGCAGUUUUAGUGUAUAGAUCAGGGGUAGGCAACCUUUUAGCAGCACUGUGCCGAUAUAGGAUUGUGAUGUCCCGUAGCGUGCCGAUCCUAUUUUUUUAAAUUGAGGUGUGUGUGCUGCCGUAUUCUGCUUGUUAUUUUUACUGUAAUUGCUUUGUAUCGUUGUAUUUGUGCAUAUAUGAGCUAUUAUAUUGUAUAUGUUCAUUAUUAGUUUGUGGUAUUGUGUAUGAUAUAUGAAUGUGGGCUGUGUAUGAGGGCUGCUUGUGGACUUGUGUGUGUGGAUGGAUAUGUCACAUUGUGUGUUUGGUAGUGUGUGGGGGCUGUUUGGGGUAUUGCAUGUGAGAGGCUGCAUUUGGGGUUGUGUUCAUGUAUGUGGAUUGUUAGUGGUGUUGCGUUUGUGGGGAUUGUGUGUGGGCUGUUCGUAUUAUUUGUAUGAUGGGAGGGUUAUUCUGCAUUUUGGUGUAUAUCUAGCAGUGUGGGUGGCUUCCCUGGGUUCCAGUGGAGCUGCUCUGCUACAGUGUGGAUUCCCAUUCACAAGUGCUGGGAGGAAGUGAUCUGAGAUACCUUCCUCUACGUGCUGCAAUGCAUAAAUUGAGGAUUGUCCUUCACCACCUCUUCGUAUUAGCAGAUACCUGGAGUUUUUCUUGGACUCCUAAUAGGACAGAGCCUGUUUGGCUCUAGCAGCCUUGAGUGCCGUGCGUGGCUCUAGUGCCGUAGGUUGCCUACCCCUGGUACAGAUGAUUCCCCUGCAAUUUCACUGUUCAAUUCACUGUCAUUUAGGAGUUAAAUCACUUUGUUUUUGUUUAUGCAGCCCUAGCCACACCUCCCCUGGCUAUGAUUGACAGAGCCUGCAUGAAAAAAAAACUGGUUUCACUUUCAAACAGAUGUAAUUUACCUUAAAUAAUUGUAUCUCAAUCUCUAAAUUUAACUUUACUCCCAUACAGGAGGCUCUUGCAGGGUCAAGCAAGCUAUUAACAUAGCAGGGGAUAAGAAAAUCUUAAUUAAACAGAACUUGCAAUAAAGAAAGCCUAAAUAGGGCUCUCUUUACAGGAAGUGUUUAUGGAAGGCUGUGCAAGUCACAUGCAGGGAGGUGUGACUAGGGUUCAUAAACAAAGGGAUUUAACUCCUAAAUGGCAGAGGAUUGAGCAGUGAGGCUGCAGGGUCAUGUUCUACACCAAAACUGCUUCAUUAAGCUAAAGUUGUUCAGGUGACUAUAGUGUCCCUUUAAGCCACAUUAGACAGUCUGGGGUCUGAUCGAUAGGAAAUAUUGGUUAUAUGAUCCAGACCCAUAUUUUUUAUUUACUUUUUUGACAAAUUUAGAGAUUCAAAGUUGAAAAACCUUAAUCUACUUAAAUAAACAUGAAGAUGAACAUUGUUUUGUGACUUCCAUUGGCAGAAACAUUUUAGAUGUUUCACAAAUCAUGCAUAGUUUGCUCCCCCACACCCCUUUGCUUGUGCCACAGGCGGGCAAUUACUUUAGUAAAAAUCCUCUCUGCAGGAACGCAAUCCAGACUCACGAAGAGUGUAUCAUCAGAGAUUUUACGCUACAAGAGCCUCAUUAAAAUGCUGUGUACUGCCUUUCACAAAAACCUCUUCUCAUGUUCAUUUCCAAGCAGAUUCCCAAUACAUUUAUUUGAAAAGGUCACACGUGAUAAAAAUCUAUUUAAACUUUUUCCCUUUUUUCUUCUUUAUUUUGUGUGUUAUUUUUUAACAGGAAUGGGUUUUUAAAGAUAUGGACUUCUUCUGGCAUAUUAAACAAUCAUUUCUUAUCGGCUUCACAGCUCAUUUAAUUAAUUUCCCUCUGCACAGUUAUUGAUAGCGCUUCCUGGGCAUAGUCUUAAGAUGUUACCCCCAACUAUUGGUUAAGAUAUACUUCUGAAUACCUUUCAAAUGUCACAUUCCUAACGUGUUCCGUUGGAUAAGAACAAAUGUAGCGGCUACAGCUGACAAAUACAUCUCGAUGACAUUUUAAAUAAGGAAUAUAUAUAAAAAAUCAAAAAAUGUGUUGUUAAUUCAUGAAAUAGCCAUAAAUUGGAAGAGUUUGAGAAAGUUUGGGAUAGCCCCACUGCAGUGCUGAGCAACAAUUCAAACCUUUGUUUUAAGUGAGAAUAUUAGCAAAGUAGAUGGGCCAGUUGGCUUGGUUCUGCGUAAAAAAAAAAACACAUUUCUGUAACUUUUAUUUUUUUAGUAAGUUAUAACUCGUAGAACAGAAGAAAUGUAAUACAUUCAAAACUUAAAAUUGGACAAUUCCAGCUUUAAUUUAGUUUGUUACUCCUCUUAAUGCAUCCUUCAACCAGACUCCAUUUUUGCAAAGCUCUUUCCCAGGUGGUGGCCACUUUAGGAGAAAAAGGGGGAUGUUUUAAUAUGUACUUCUGCCUUUUUAUGUUCCUUUAACUUCUGGCAGAUAAAGUUGGGAAUUGCUUUCUAAUCAAUAUAUUCUUGAACGUAUGUGAGUACAAAAGGGGGGUUGGGGGGUAAAUGGAAGAUAUGUUACCAUGUGAUCCACAUUGAAUCUCUCGUGCGUGCACAAGGAGACGUUAUAGGCAUCACUUGAGAAAGAUUCCUUUUCUCAUCAGCCAUUGUGAGUGACAGCGGCUUUAGUUACUAAAGCAGGAUCUGGCAAGGAAAUCGUGAAUUUUAGACCAUAACAGCCUAACUGAGUUAAUGAAUUUCUGCUAUUUUGCUAUUUGAUACCUCUUAACAUUUCAAAUGGAUUACUUUAAUUUUAGGGUUGUGUCUUUGGUUGUGGCCAGCCUGGAGUUGUUCUGAGAAAUUUUAAGUGAUCUACUAAUAAUGUAUGCAAUUAAACUGUAAUUUAGAGCAAGAACAAUAUAUCUUAUUUACACAGACUGAUUUCUAAACACAUUUAUUGUAGUUUAAAGACACAUUACUGGGAGUAUUAUUGCUGUGGAGCUCUGUAAUACACUCAGACACAUUACUGGGAGUAUUAUUGCUGUGGAGCUUUGUUAUACACACAGACACAUUACUGGGAGUAUUAUUGCUGUGGAGCUUUGUUAUACGCUCAGACACAUUACUGGGAGUAUUAUUGCUGUGGAGUUCUGUUAUACACUCAGACACAUUACUGGGAGUAUUAUUGCUGUGGAGCUCUGUUAUACACUCAGACACAUUAUUGGGAGUAUUAUUGCUGUGGAGCUUUGUUAUACACACAGACACAUUACUGGGAGUAUUAUUGCUGUGGAGCUCUGUUAUACACUCAGACACAUUACUGGGAGUAUUAUUGCUGUGGAGCUCUGUUAUACACUCAGACACAUUACUGGGAGUAUUAUUGCUGUGGAGCUCUGUUAUACACUCAGACACAUUACUGGGAGUAUUAUUGCUGUGGAGCUCUGUUAUACACUCAGACACAUUACUGGGAGUAUUAUUGCUGUGGAGCUCUGUUAUACACUCAGACACAUUACUGGGAGUAUUAUUGGUGGAGCUUUGUUAUACACACAGACACAUUAUUGGGAGUAUUAUUGCUGUGGAGCUUUGUUAUACACACAGACACAUUACUGGGAGUAUUAUUGCUGUGGAGCUCUGUUAUACACCCAGACCAACCAUAUGGAGCACUUAGAAAAGAGUGAAUUUAGGAUACAAGAGAGAUUUUGGCCCAAAAUAGAGAAACGUGGGAGGUAUGCUAUGUUGGUCUAAAUUAGCAAAAUCAGGAGUUUUUUUUUUUUGUUUUUUUUGUUUAAGGCGUAAACCCUUAAGCUUUCUUUAAUCAGACACUUUCCUCCUACUUUCUCUUGAAUGUCUUCUGUAAAUAGAAUGUUCCAGCCGAGGAAGUGGAUUGCAUGUAAUCCUUUGCCAAGCACCCCUUGUAAGCCAGCCUUGUAAAUUGAGUUAAUGAACGGCUAUUCUUGCUUGGUAUAUAAAGGUUAAAUGUUACCCUGUCACAAGCUAUUUUCUAAAAUACCACACUGAGAGAAAACCCAUAUGUACUGAUGUAAUCCUACACCCUUGCCAGUCCUAGUUUCACACUUUUAUUUCUUAGCAGUAAUGAAAAAGUUAAAGGGGGCAAGUUUACUUUAGUGUUAAAAAAAAAAAAGUCAGAUUCAAAUGAAGCCAAGAUCCACAAAGCUUAUUUUUUAAUCACACCAUGGUGAAUUUUUAUUGGUACGAGUCAGUCUUUCUAUUGCACCUUCUGCUGGACGCUACAUGAGACAUGAGACAUUAUCUCAGCACAGUGAAUGACACACCAUUCCCUCGCCCAUCCUCUACUGUAAGCAAGUAACAUGCAAACUAUUUCACCACUCAAUGCUAGUCAGAGAUUUUGUGUCCGAGUUUUCAUGAAUAUUAAGACCUUUUUCUUUGUAGAGGCACAAUCCACAGAUAGAACUCACAUUGUUGCAGUUUGAAGGAGUGUGAGUUCUUUGCGUGUAUUUAUCAUUUCUGACAUUUACGAAUCCAGGUUACUGGAUAUUUUUAUAAAGUACCAAUACAUUAGAAUUAGAUGUUGCCAUUCUAAACCUAUCCUAAGUAAACUAAUUGCUUUUAACAUCCAAGUAUGUUCAAUAGGCGCUUUAUUAUAGAACAGUUAUUGUAUGUCUACCCCUCUUUAUAAUAUUAGAAAAGAUAGUUCUGGUAGCGAAUAUUAUGUUCAAUGUUUUCAUAAUUCAGUUAUUGAGACCUUUCCUAUAAUAAUAAACAAGAUUCUUAAAGUGACAGAAAUGUAUCAGGUGGCUGUCUACAAAACGUUUUGUUCAUUUUGCUUCCAUAGCAUAUGGAUUAUUUUGCUCUUGACAACAUGCUAUUUACAGUGCCUGUAUAAUUCCAUCCACUGGGAUUCAUGUUAAUAUCUAUGGCCUAAAGGUUUUGGAGAAUGCCACACCUAGGGAGUUAUUGAUAAAUGGGAUAAUCGUGGAGAACUGAUGUGGCGAGUAGUCUCGUCACAGGUUCUUGGAGGGGCCUGCUUGCCAGCCUCCUGCCAAAAGACUAUGGGCCCUUUAAAAAAAUAUGUGAACAGACUUGGUUCGUGGUAUUUUAUAUUUGGUUCGGGAACCGAACAGGCGCACUAACCAGAGACCACUUGGGAGCUUGUUAAGCCUAAUAGACAGUUUGUAGCACUUUCCACCACAGUGUUCUAAGUGUUUGUCUGGGUGACCGCUAUUCACAAGAAUGACUACGAGGUGGUGGCCAUCUUGUUCCUGCGAACGCAGGUAGCGGUGUUUGGUCGUCGAGUUCAUGGAACUGUUUUCGGACAUUGAAACUCCUGAACACCGUUGUCUUCCAGGAUCACCUGCAUUCCGUUCUACACAACUUAGAAGGGCACUGUUCGGUGGAAACGUUCCCACGAACAAGGUAAAGGGUAAGACUCUUGAAUAUGUUUGUAAUUUGUUCGGUUUUUAAACUAUCGAACUAGACUGACCGCAAGCCCUGAUUCACUGGAACUGUUUUGGGCAGGAGCCUCGUGUGCGAUUGGUCAAAUUAUGACUUCCAUGGAAAUCCCAAACCCCUUUUGGAUAUGUUGGUCCCCCAGAUCGGGGAUAUAGGGGAUGAGGUCUUCCCACUGAGAGCUAGAUCUGGGUGAUGGUCCAGGGUGGGAAGGGAUGCGAGACCCCAGCCAAGCUGUGACGGCUAAGGGGGCUAUAGUGGGUAUGGUGUCUGGUGCGGUGCUUAUAGUAUUCAGUGAUACUAGGAAGCGCGAUUGGCGGAGGUACCCAGUCAAGGUGCCAGGCGACCCGCCACAACUGAGAAGGGAAUUAAUUUUAAAGCUAAAGUAACACAACUGGAAAAAUAGCUAGACUAGGAGAGUUAUUCUUAUCCAACUAUUUUAUCCUAAAAUGUUAAUGUUUUGAUUUAGCGAAUACAUCCCUGGCUGAGUGGGUCAAGAACUGGCUUACAGAAAGACAGGACAGGGCAGUAGCGUACAGGGGACAGGGGGUGGGGGCAGGAGGGGGAUCAGUGUAGAGCAUAUUAUAUCCUCUGCCCGGUCUGUCAAAGUGAACUCAUCCCAUGUUCUUUCCAAACACCUCUCGUGCUGAAUGCUAUGAGUCUCGGCAGAAGUGCAUGAAUUCUCCUUAUCUCAAUGCUGCUCAGCCACGCUGCAAUUAGGGUGGAAGAGUUAUACAAGGUGGAAGUGGACAGAGAUAUAAUGUGGAGCAAAAAGACAGAAAUAGUGAGGUGAAUAGGCAGAGAUUGGAGGUUACCAAACAAAUAAUAGGCGGUAGACAGACAGAAUGGGAGUGUUUGGGGUGGACAAACUGAAAAUGGAGGGAUGGAUAAACAGAAUGAGGGGUAAACCUUCAUUGAUCAGACUUAUCAUUAGAACCACUGACAGGUGAAGUGAGUAACAUUGAUUAUAAAAUUACAAUGGCACCUGUCAAGAAGUGGGAUAUAUUAGGCAGCAAGUGAAAAGUCAGGUCUUGAAUUGUAUGUGUUGGAAGCAAGAAAAAUGGGCAAGAAAAAAUAUCUGAAUGACUUUGACAAACGCCAAAUAUUGAUGGCUAGAAGACUGGGUCAGAGCAUGUCCAAAAUGGCAAGUCUUUUGGUGUGUUCCCGGUAUGCUGUAGUUUGUACCUAGCGAAAGGACAACCGGUGAACUGGCUCCCAAAACUCAUUGAUACCCGUGAGGAGUGAAGGCUACCCUGUCUGGUCCGAUCACACAGAGAGUUACUGUAGCUCUAAUUGCUGAAAAUCUUAAUGUUGGCCCCAUUACAAAGGUGUCAGAACACAGGGGGCAUAACAGUUUGCAGCAAAUGGGGCCGAGUAGUGCAGACAGGUCAGAGUGCCCAUGAUGUUCACCGCCGAAUGUUCCUUCAAUGGAGGUAUUUAAACUGGACCAUGGAGCAAUGGAAGAAGGUUGCCGGAUCUGAUAAAUAAUGGUUUCGUUCAUUAGGUAGAUGUGAUGCUGUAAACCUCAGGUCCUGGUAUUAAUGUGGAUAUUACUUUCACACAAACCAUCUACCUAGAGAUUGUUGCAGACCACGUACACCCUUCAUGACAAUGGUGUUCCCUGAUGACUGGGACCUCUUUCAGUAGGAUAAUGCGCCAUGCCACACUGCAAACAUUGUCCAGGAAUGGUUUGAAGAACAUGACAAAGAAUUCAAGAUUUCAAUCCGAUUGUUAUGCUUGAAAAAUAAAUCCGAUCCAGGGAGGCCUCACCUUGCAACUUGCAGGACAUAAAUGAUCUGCUGGAAAUGUCUUCAUGCCAGAUACCAGAGGACACGUUUUUGUGGAGUCUAUGCCUUAAUGCAUCAGAGUUUUGGCAGCAAAAGGAAGACCUACAAGGCAGGUUGGUUUUUUUUUGUGGCUUAUCAGUGUAUAGACAUAGGAAUGUGGACAGAGAGAAGGAGAUGUUUGGAGGAAGAACAGACAAAGAAUGGUGGAAGGACAGACUGAAAAAUGUGGGGGUUGGCAAACAAUGAGGAGGAGACAAUUUUGUGAACAUACAGAAAAUGGGGUUGUACAGACAGAAUGGGAGAUAUGGGGAUGGACAGAAUUAAAAAAGGGUAGUCAAACAGAGAAUAGCAGUGAACACACUAUGGGUGGGGAUUUGGACAGACAGAGAAUUGGCACAUUAGUAUAGCAGUUGUGUGUGGGUUUUUGAACAAAGCAUGGUGCUUGGCAUGUCAUGGGGGACUACGGGGCAAUGCACAAAUACGACUCAGGUGCCAAACACCCUAGGUGCACUAAACAUUGUGCGUACUUACGUUGAACAUUCCAUUACAAAAUAUUUCUGUACUCGAGCUGUACUUGCCUCUGAUCCUUGUGUUACAGGAAACAUUUGGCAGGUCAUAGCUCUCAGAGGUGCAAACGUUUAGGAGAGCAAAAGCCAACUAAAAAAAGUGACUCAGACAUAGAAUUUGAGAAGAAUUGCCAUAUUGUAGAGUUUAUUUCAUAUAACAUAGCAGAGCUUGAGGAUACACGUAUAAAAGUGUAACCUUUUUGAUAUGCAUUAUGUCAUUUUCAUUUAAACCUCUCUUUUGACUUCCAAAUAAUCCAAGUGUCAUUUUUGAAAACCUCAUUUUUGGGAUUUAGUACAGGACAAAUGUAAUGGAAUUUGUUUGCAACUUAUUAAGCCAUUAUGUCUCCUUGUGUUUACUGUGCUAAAUAAACAUGUUAAAAAUUAACCAUUAUUAUUAUAUAUUUUUAUAUCUAUUUAUUUCUAAUGUUUAAAAUGCCUACAACAUAGAAAUGUCUUUACAUAAUAUAAAUAUAAAAUCAGGACGGGAUUGGAGUGUGACUACAGUGAUAUUUUCCAUCACCAAUAAUGUGAGGGGAUAUACAGGUUUGAUAACCAGGCUGAACCGCCGGUGAAAAAAUGUAGUAUUUAAAGGGUUACUCCAAGCGUCAUAACCACUAUAGGCCACUGUCCUCUUUAGUGGUUAUGAUGCAAGGAGUAUCCUGCCCGGUUUCCUAGUAAUUCGAUAAACAGUUUAGUUUUCCCCCUUUACCUUGAGCCCCACAGGCUCUGAUACUCCCUGGUGAUCCUGUGAUGUGCUUCUGGCUUCUGCAGAGCGAUGGAUGCUGCAGAUGUUGCCAUCAUUGGCUGAAAGUGUCCACUGAAUGCUCUCCGCCGACUAAUGCAACUCCGCAAGUUCCAGACUAGCUGUUGACACGAGAGGGACACUGCCAGAGGUUAAGUUACACUUUUGGCAGCAGAGGGGUUAAAGUCCACAUGUGCAGUGUUUCAACGUGAAACGCUGCACAUACAGACUCCAGGGACCAUGAUCUCUUUGAAUCACUGAAGUGGUGAUAGUGCUUGGAGUAGUUCUCUAAUGAAGCUCACGCACUAUGCUUUUUGGAUAAUUUUUCUUUCUUGUCCAGAGAAGUACAGAACUAAGAGACAAAGAGACAAUUGUAUCACAUUGUGCCUGGACUUGUGCUGCAUAAAGCAGUGAGUUUUGUCUUUCUGUGCAGAAAAAAAAAGCUAUUUUAAUUAAGGGGUUUAAGGUAAUUCUAGACUCUGCUUCCCCAGGACAUCAAGAAUUUUCUACACUAUUAUUUAAACAUUCGUUGUAUACACAGACGUCUCACUGGCAGAAACACUUAACAACAAAGAACUUUUUAUUUUUUAAAGUUUAAUUUAGUUGAAAAUAAUUGCAUUUUUUUCUUUAAAGAAAAUGAGUAUUGAUAUUUUCAAGGGCUGUGAAGUUUUAAAACCAAAUGUAAUGGAUAUUGGCAGUGCUUUGUUGUACACAGGAAAAACAGUUUGUACCAGAAAAUAAACGGAACAUUUCUUAAAGGAACACUUAACAUCUAAAUCUAAUGAAGGGGGAAUAGUUAUAAAUAUAUUAAUAUAAAGUACAGUUUUUAUCAUACUUGCUAUCUGACCUAGAUCUUGAUGAGACCAAGCAUCUGCCCUAAAUUGUGUGUGACAGUCCUGAUUUAAGAACUUAUAUUUCACAUUUCUUAAAUGUCCUGUUUGUGUAAUGCAAUGGAAAAAAAUCAUAAAAAUUCUUUAAAAGUGCAAUGUGUGUAGCUCAUUAAAGAGGAAUUGUCACAUGUAGUGUGUAUAUAUGAACAAAAUGACAGCUAACUCAAAGUUAUCUGUGUGUAGAGAUGUCGCGAACCGUCUGCGAACUUCUCGCGAACGGUUCGCCACGAGCUGUUCGCGGCGAACUCCGUCCAGCUGACACGUCCCGGCCAAUCUCCAGCAGACCCUCCUACUUCCUGGACAGAAACAUGGAUGCUGUCCAGGAAGUAGGAGGGUCUGGGAGGGAGUGUCUGCUGGAGAUUGGCCGGGACGUGUCAGCUGACCGGAGUUCGCCGCGAACGGUUCGCGACAUCUCUAUCUAUGUGUUGUGCUAGUUUCUCAAAAACUUUCAGCAGUUUUUAAUUUUUUUAAUUUACAUGGCUUGUCUGGAUCCAAGCAUGCUAGUGUACCUUCAUUUUAGCAUUUUUUUCAUUUUUUGUGCUAGUGAGUUACCCAUUCAAAAUAGGCAAACCUUCUCCAUCAAGACCUAUGCUGUAUAUUUGAUGCAAUAAAUCAGGGAAUGCCCAAUGUUAGAUACUUGGCUGUUAGGAAACUACAAUUCCCAUGAUGCUUUGCCAGGCGUCAACUAUCUUGUGGCCAUCCUUACAUUAAAUGGAUCACUUAUGGUAAUGGGUUUAAUUGCAGCCGCCUCCCCAUCACGCACAGAUGUUUUUGUACUUUUUCCAUACUUGUACCAGACUCCUCUAUGUUGCGCUGUUCUUACUGUGAUAAUGAAAAGGUCAGUUUUAGUUUAUAAUACUAUGUUUUACAGGCAGUGCGGCCUGGGCAUUCUUAACAUUCCCGAACCAAUCACGAGUUUCCAUUGCAGAGUUGCACUUAGUAUCUCUUACUCUCGACAAACUGAGCUUCAUUCAGCACAGCCUGUAAUAUUAGGCCAGUAUGAAAUUCAACCUGUCUCUAGGGCCCAGAUUCUGAUCCAAAUACUGCUUUUUUAUUUCAAAACAAAGUUAAGAUCGCAAGACCCAUGAACAGACCUCAUUUAGAGCCAUUGGCAAUUUCUUCUGGUUUGAACAAAACAAACCAGGAGGAUAAAUGAUCAAAUUCCAGAAUUGGAGAGUUUGAUGUUGCAGAACUGAGAUCAUUAACUGAACAGUUCUGGGAAAGUUGACUAAGAUGUUUGAUCCUGAGAAUAAAUUGUUAUCAAUAUUCAGCCAAAUCUUAUUCUGUGUAACAACGCCAGGAUUCUAACGUGCUGGCAAUUUAACCGUUUGGAUCCUGGAAUGCACUGCAGUUGUGCAAUCAAACAUUACAUUCCUUUUGCUCACUAUUCAUUUGGCAUUGGAAGAAGGAAAACAUAUAUUGAAAAAAAAAUGGGUGACUAAAAUGGUCAUUUACAAAGGCGUGUGUUAGACUUCAAAUUUAUAUUGCUAGUAGGUGGUUGGUGGGGGUCGGGGGGAGCUUGUGUUUCAUAAUUACGUUUUUGAAAUGAUUGAAAAUAGAAAACACAUGUGACCAUCAUCCAAAAAUAAAACAUUAAGUGUAUCAAAGCAGGAUUCGAGAGAAAUCUUGCAAAGAAGGAGUGUGACGGAGAACUGUUUAAAGGGAAUCUAUAGUGCCAGGAAAACAACGUUUGUGCCCCUCUAUGUCAAGACCCCUCUGUGGUACAAAAGGGGUUAAAUAUCCCUUCUGUCACUUGCAUGAGUCCAGCGCCGAUGGCCCUCUGUGCUGGUUCAGGUUCUGCCUUCGCUGCUCCCACGCUCGCAUUAGUACUUCCAAAUAGGAUGGGUUUUCAAGUGACACUGGAUGUCCUCAUGCAUAAUAACCUGGAAGUCCCUCUAGUGGCUGUGGCAGUCUAGUGGCUAAUAUUAAAAACUGCAAUAAUCACCUUUGCAGGGUUAAGGGACCUGACAAUAUGUACCCAGACCAACGCAAUUAGAUGCAGUAUAGAUAGUCACAUGUAUGAACUGCCAAAUACACCAGUUUGUUUUUACACCAAACCAAGAACUCUUUCAGUUGCAAAUGAUAGUUACCAUCAGUAAAUCUUUUGGGGGAAAACAACUUUUGUUGGUGCCCGCUUUUGCUUAUUGAGCAAUUAAUGUUUCUAAAACCUCCUCCUAAUUCAAGCCGGUCAUUUGGAAAUGAUUAUCACAUGCAACAAAGUUUGACCUAAAAAAUUUUACAUUAUUUUUAAAGCGUACAUUGUAUGGCUUGUAAUUAUGCUCUAUGCGACCUUUUAUCAACCAUGGUAAUGGCGACCCAUUGUGUGUCUCGAUUAUACUCUCGUGUAGAAGUCUUAGCGUUGCGAGUUGAUAUUGUAUCUUUAAAAAAAUUAAUUUCUGGAAGCGAUUGCAGUCAUUGUUAAGUUAAUAAUAUACAUAACGUCACUAGUAAAUCAAGGCCAUUUGCACGACUCAUACAUUAAAGAAUAUACUUUUCCUACAAGUUGAUGAUUCACAGGAAGAUCAAAAUAUUCCGCAAUCUCCUUUUAGCUCUGAGAAUACUCAAUUUAAAGCCAUGAUUUUUAAUUGGCCCACAGCAUCCGUAUAAUUACUAACUCCUCUGCAAUAACAGUAAAACAAAUGGGCUAUAAUUUGAGUGCUAGGUUCAGUCAUGCUAUUCUUAGUAGAGAAUAUUUUAUGUAGUUUAUUUCAAUGCAAACAUUUUACAGCCAGUUGCGUUUCUGCAAACAAUUACAAAACACUCUUAAAUGUUCCUUUUUAAUAGUUAGUUUCUCCAUAUACAUAUUAUGUAUAUGGGGAAAUUAUUGCGGUUAAUGGGAAACUGUCUAAUUUUUGCACAACCAAAUAGCAAACACAAACUUAGCUUUUAUUGUGCUUUUAAAAAAGAAAAGCAUUUUAAAAUCGUUGUAUUUAUUAUUUUUUAAAUGCCAGGCGUGCCUGGCACAGGCAUCAGGAGGGUGUAUGCAUAUAUACAUCAUUAUGGGAGCAAUGCCUGAGCAUGUACGUGCUCGUACUGCACUUUACCAAGAGAUAACUGUGCACUUUCGGUUCCAGAGAGGUAUGUGUGGUUUAUAUUUGACUCCUCUGCUCUUCACAGCCUUCUGAAUGUUUUUGUAUUGUUUACUAGAGUGAGGAAUUGUGUAACGGUCAUUUUGCUGUCACAUUGUAUCAAUUCUAUGUGUCUCCCAUUAUAUGGACGAGUCCUGUCUCAGAAAACUCUUUGCUUAUUGCUUAUAAUGCCCAGUACAAAGGGACAGCUGUUUUUUUUGCUCCUGCACGACCCUGGUUUUUGGCUAACCCAGCUUGCAGAGGUUUGGGUCACUGAUUUUACAUAAUAAAGAUAAUGAACAAGUAGAGAACAUUAUGCUUGUUCUUUCUGUUAGAUGGGCGUUUAAUUAAUAUUAUAAUUUACUUAAUGUCUAAACACCAGUUUGAGUUUAUUCUGUUUGCUGAAUUGUACAAUGUAGUAUUUUUGGAAACUGACAGAUUUUGUUAGGAGCAAGCUUGAGCAAUGAAACAAUCUGUUUCUGCCGUCUCCGUCUGCCACCUGUUACAGUGACCGCAUUACUGAUUUUAUCAGGGAAGCUCAUAAAUAAUGCCUGCACCAGGGCUGUACGCGGUAAUGUUUAGACCACUGUCCUUGUAUUACUCAGUGCAUGCCUGAUUGGUUGUGGUUACAUUGGAGUGUGGUUAUACAUAAGGUAAAUGUACCUUAGCAUACGGUAAUGGCCUGCACAAACCAAUGGUCAGCACACCCUAUGGACAGCAGGAUGCCCUUUACCUCUCCAUUCGUCCCCAACAAAUGUUAGCAAUGUAAAUUUUCUUCUACAGCAGCAUUUAGUCUUUCUACUUUGAGCAGAGGGACUGCAAAUUCCAAAUGACUUGUACAUUCAGCAGAGGCACUACAAAUGCUUCCUGUUCUCUCCAUCCACUCUGUACAGGAGGCUAUGUGGCUCAAACGGUUAUGUAGGUCUACAUUCUAGAUGCAUGGAGGAAAGGAACUAUGUGAGUGCACAAGAGUCCUAUAGACAUUCUUUAUAGUGAAGCUGCAAGGUUUCAGCAAUGAUGCCUUCAUACAUUCCUUUUUUUUUUUAUUUUAUUUUUUUUUUAUAAACAGUACAAUGUUUAACAUGCCAAGAAGGCCCUUGCAAAUACCCAUACCCAGGAAUAUGUGACAAUUUUUAAAUAUCUGUUACUAUCACACCUAGUGACAAAACUUCAAUUCCUGCUUCUAGUGUUUUACAGAUGUAUGAAAUAUUGUGAAAUAAGAAAUACGGUGUAAUCAAUCAGUUUUUAUAACAUCCCUAAUAAGUCUAUAAAGGAUAAACAAAUUAAAGAAAAGUUUUUGUUUAAGGGGUUAUUUUCAGUAAUUAUUUUAAAUUUCUUUGUGACCUAAUGAUUUUUCAUUUCUUUAUUCCUUUAUGACCCAUAGGUAAUAUUGUUCUUGCCCCAGAUGUUAUACAGGUCACCAGUUCUACAAACCACAAACCCACACAUGGUAUUUUGUGUGUGAGUCAAGUAAAAGCUCAUUUAGGGACCUGCCUUUACAUGCUCACAGGAGGCUAUGUGUAAUCUCAUAAUAUUGUAUUUUAACAGCUUUUACAUAAAACACUUUAAAGGGACAUUCCAAGCAACACAUCCGCCAUAGCUUAGUUCUGUGCCUUUGAUUUUUGUCAAGUCGUUUUCAUGCUAAACCCAGGUGAUUCCAACACUAAAGGGGCACUCGAAGCACCAUUCACCGAAAUUCGGAAUUGCCACCAAACUGGGCUAAGGCUUCUCAUCUGAGUCGCAAUUAUUUGAUAAAGUUUUAUAGUCUUAUAGUGUUUAUAUUUCUUAAUUUUUUUUUUUUUAAAUCUUUUAUCCUCAUCUAAUCAUAUUUCUGAUAUGAAUUCUAGAACAAAGCAGUUUAAAUGUGUUAUCGGGGGGGUUAUUUUAAUAAAUAAUAACAAUACAGUAGUAGAUGGUAACUAAAUAUUUAUUUACCCCCCAAAAUUACUCGGUUGGUCAGAUUGACAACUCACUGUUUUGUGAAUAAAUCACUUUGUGAGCGACUGGGAUGCUAAAAGCAGGCCAGCUUAAAACAGGUGUUGAAAAAAAAAAAAUAUUUCAGAAAAAUAUUACAAUGUCUGUGAUUAUUAAUUGCUGACUACUGGUGCUACAGUAAUCUGUUUAAGCAUGCACAUGGCUGCUAUCUGUGUGGGAGAGAUAAGCUUGCCCUCGUGAACUGGCUGUAAAUGGCGCUAACAUGAUAUCACAGCGCAGGUCGCUCAAACCGCCCACUCUCUGGCUAAGGGCUCAGCUGUUCGUGUAAAUUGUACCUCAGAGAUCCGCACAUUAGAAUGCUGUUGCUUAGUGUCUGAUUUAAUGGGAGCUACACUUCUCAAUUGUGCAUUCCACCAGUUGUGCAAUUAAGCUAUAAGCGUUUAUUCCCAAGAUAUAAUUACUGGCCCUGCUUUAAACUUUUAUAAGGGUAGUAAUAAAAGUCUAGUAAGUGAGAUUUGACAUAUAUGGAGAUGGCUUGUGUCUUAAACCCCAGAAAAAUAAAAUCUACUACCAUUCGUGUACGGCUACACUUUAAUUUUUCUUAACCGCAUCUUUUUGUUCAUCACGGCAGUCUAUGUUGGAGCUCUGUGAAAUAAUUAUAAUAAUGUAUUACUUUAUUAGAAUGUUUGUUGGCUGCCAAGCUCUGUGCUGUCUGCUAAAUGAAUAUGUACUAAAGAAUAACACUAUAGAUGUUAAAGGAGCACUAUAGGGGUAGGAACACAAACAUGUAUUCCUGACCCUAUAGUGUUAAAACCACCAUCUAGCCCCCCUGGACCCCUCUUGCCUCCCUAAAUAUAGUAAAAUCUUACUUGUAUUCAAGUCUGCAGCUCCUGGCUCUGCCCCUGUUUGCCUGUGAACUGCCUCUGUCUGCUGACAUCAUCAGAAGUAGUAAUCUGAGCCAAUCACAGUGCUUCCCCAUAGGAUUGGCUGAGACUGUCAAGGAGGCAGAUCAGGGCAGAGCCAGCACAAGUCAAACGUAGCCCUGGCCAAUCAGUAUCUCCUCAUAGAGAUGCAUUAAAUCAAUGCAUCUCUAUGAGGAAAGUUCAGUGCCUGCAUUCAGAGGGUGGAGAUAGCGCUGUAUCUUUAACGAGGCUAACAAGGCAUUUGCCACCCCCAAGCGCCCUGGCAUGUGCCCUAUGAGCCUCUCUUGAGGGGGACCCAAGAGCUGGCCAGCUGGCCACUUCAGGGUUUCCCCAGAGGCGUUUAAGCCUCUCACAAUGCGGGCGGCGAGGGAGCACUGUCACCUGAGCUCUUCCUGCUCGGCUCCCUUGCGCGCCUCGCAGUGAUGAUGGGAGCCGGAAUAUGAUGUCAUAUACCGGCUCCCAGUAGCACUGCGAGGCGCGUAAGGGAGCUGAGCAGGAAGAGCUCAGAUGACAAUGCUCCCUCGCCUCCCGCAUUGGCUGACUGGCCGCUGGCCCAUUUACCCGUGCCCGCCUGCUGCCUGUGCCUUCAUGCCUACUCGCCCAGCAGCAGGAGCCAGCCCCACUGGACCCCAUUGAAGAAUCCACUCCAGCUCUGUGUUAGACAAUGUUUGUAAGUAUCAGGGUGUCUGUCAGUGAAUGUGUGUGUGUGUGUGUGUGCGCCUGCCAGUGAAUGUGUAUCUGUUAGUGAGUGUAUGUGUCUGUCAAUGUAUAUCUGUGAGAGUGCGUCUGUUAAUAAAUGAGUGUGUGUCUGUCAGUGAAUGUGUGUAUCUGUUAGUGAGUGUAUGUGUGUUUGUCUGUGUCUGUCACUGUAUCUGUUAGUGAAUGUCUGUUUAUGUGAGUGAGUGUGUAUUUGUUAGUUAGUGCAUGUGUCUGUCAGUGUGUGUCUGUUAGUGAGUGAAUGUGUGUGUCUGUCAGUGAAUUGUGUCACUGAAUGUAUGUCAGUGUGUGUCUGUCAGUCAAACUGCGUGUUGGUCCUAAACAGGAAAAUAUGCAAAUUUAGAUUGUGGGGGGCUCUGUCAUGCCUAGGGCAGCACAAAUUUAAAAUACAGCACUGGGUGGAGACACUGAAUGGCAGUGCUGCACACUAGGCAGGACUACCCCCAGGAAGCAUCUCGAGCAGCCAUCUCAGGAGUGGCCAGUGGAGGUAUCCCUAGGCUGUAAUGUAAACACUGCAUUUUCUCUGUUAAGACCGUGUUUACAGCAAAAAGCCUGAAGGGAAUGAUAAUACUCACCAGAACAAAUACAAUAAGCUGUAUUCUGGCGACUAUAGUGUCCCUUUAAGUAGGCUAAAUAUCACUGGAAAUGUGGAUCGUGAACUUGUGUAGUACUGAAGUUAUCCAUAAUAGGCCUGAAAGGUUACUCCAGGCACAAUGACCACUUCAGUUAUUUGAAAUGGUCAUGGUGCCAGGAGUUUGUAUGUGCAGCGUUUCUCUUUGAAAAGCUGCACAUAAUGGGUUGCUUCCUCCAUCCCAGGCAGCAUCACUGGGGUGUCCUCAGCAAUCCCAGAACUAGUUCAUUUUGUUGAACAACCUCUAAUUCAUUGUCUAAGAGCGGGUCGGUUGACAAUCUCGGCCAAUGAAUGAGUGGCAGGAUUGUCAUCCUGCUGGGCUGUAGUUGUUGUUUUUUUGUUUGUUUUUUGACAAUCAGAGUUUUAUUGGGUUUUCGAAAGAAUGUAAGACAAAAAAAAUCACAAAGUACCUAGAAUUAGAGAGCGUAACAUUGACAUCUGAGCAGACACAUGUGGCUCUUUUGUAAGUACAUUUAAGCAAAGUAGGGACUGCUCAUUAGCAAUGUCAAGAUGGAAAUGGUGCUAAGCAUCGGAACGACUGAUGUAUUUCCCUUCUAAAAAGGGAGGAGAGGUGAGACCUCAUACAUCUGGGUACUCUAUGCAGAUCCGGGAUUACCAGAGAUCAUUGCCGGCCAACGUGAGCCAAAAUAACCAAUGGAUAGUGAGUUCCAAGAGUACAGAGUGGGCUAUAGUUGUUAUGGUGGUUGGAGUCAACCUUUAAACAUUGAGCCUAUAGAAGUGAAAUCAUGACAGAUAUGGGAUCUGGGAGAGAGGGAUAUGUAUAUUGGAGACACAGAUAUUAAACUACCCUGUGCAUCAUGAUUUUUGGAGAAAAUUACACCCACAUAGCUAUGACAGAUGGUCCUUUGUUUCACUAACCACAACACAUUUUAAUUAUAGUUUUCCUUAAAUAGAGUAAAAUUCGAAUGUGUCUGUCAACAAAAUUACUUUCUAAUAUAUAUGUAAACAUUUUACAUUAUUAUAACUCUUAUUCUUUUCAUUGUUUCAAAUAGGACUUGGCCACUACUGGACUCACCACAGAAGUUAAGAAUAUUGAAGAAUAA